GGGCAACUUAUUAAUGGAAUUGGCUCGCCUUUGUCUUGAACUGAAUUUGGCUGACUUGGCUAAAGUUUGUUGCGAUAGAAUGGAACAGCUUUCUGUCAAGGUAUGGACAGCUUGAAGAAGAAAAGAAUAUUUUGAAAAACUAGAAACUAAAAAUUAUUACAUAAUAUUGUUAGUGAAGGGUUAAAAAAAAAAUGUAUUAGUUUAUAAUAAUAUAUAAGAGUGUUUUACCUGAAGUUUAAAAUGUGUUUCAGUGAUGCUUUUAAGGAUUUAUAUGAACAAUAUAAAUAUAAUAUAAAUACAAUGUAAAACAAUUUAUAUGGAACAAUUUAAAAAAAAAAAAAUCUUUCUCAAGCCUUAAAGAAUGAACAUGCUUUUCAUGUCACCACAUUAUGGCAUUCAUUCACAGGAUCCAUCCUUCCAAUUAGAAAAGGAAUUUUUGGAAUGUGAGAUGAUGGUGAAGGCACUGGGAAAUAAACAGGAAACGUUCCAGAAAGCAGUUGUUGAUGUAAGUGAAAAUAAAAUCUUAAGAAUGUUUUUUUUCUCUUAAAUUUUAACUCUCACUGAUCUACAACUACAGGUUGCAAUCUAUAUCACGAAGUGUUUGACUUACAAACAGUGCUGGCUCAAGAUCCCAGAAACUCUGACAGUUGCCUGAGGCACUGUGUGCUUAGGACACUAUCAACAUUCUCUCAAAACAGGAAAAAGCAUUGCAUGUGGGUCCCAUGGAAGAAAAAUAAUAUUUAUUGCAUAAUGUUUGUAUGCUUUGGAAUCGAAUUUUGGGUUGUUCAGAACAGUGCAUAUUCAGCACCCUGGAGCAGAUAAACUUGGUGCGAUACCUAAAUUAUUUAAGUUUAGUUUAAUAAAUAGAUUACAAAUAACAGAUUUAAUUAAAUUGAUUAUAAUUGUGAUUUUUGUAAUAUAUUCCACUCUGUAAGUUAUUUAAUUAUCUCUCUUUGCAAUAAUUUAGUAAUUUAUUCACUAUGUAUACAUAAAUCAAAAUCUUCUUUUCAGUUGAGAUUUGCUAAAUGACCAGUAAAAUAGACCGGUCCCCCGGGAAAAUUAACUGCUUGCAUUUUUUGUUUUAUGCCGUUCAUAAUGAUAUACCAUAAAUGGUUGAAACAUCACUGCGAUUACAGACUAAUAAAGCUAUUGAUAAGGAACUUGUUUGUUAAAAAACAACCUAGGUAAUAAAAUCAUUACCUAACCCCUCAAUUUAUGAUUAUUCUUACAAGAGGCACCAAAGUUACUCUCGCCUAGGGCGCUAGAAACCGUGGGGCUGGGCCCUGCUACAAAUAAGCCUGGCCAUUGGAAAAAAAAUAAUCUUUUAUUUUAAAUAAUUUAUUUAGAGAAUAUUUGUUUUUUUGCACCAUUUUUAAAAACUGUAUUUAAUUCAAGCAUUUCCCAUUGUUUAGAAUAACAGGUAAGUAAUUGAAUUGUUCAUUAGCUAGUUUAAAACGUGUUCAUUUUUUAAUGGUGUUUAAAAUUUCAAAAAAUGUCAUACGUUACUCACGGUUGAGUUUCAGAUUUAAAGUUUAGUGAAAAGAAGAAAAAAAAUGUAUAAGGUUGUGGCCAGAAAAUUCAAGAGGGAUGCAUAUUACUGUAAAUAAAUUCUUUCAGAUACGUCUUCAAGCCAUAAAGAAAUGUGAAGAGGCUAUCAUGAAUGCCAUGCGCCUAGGUGACCCCAAUGUUAUCCAGGCAGGUUGCGUUACUCAGUGGAACCUGUGUCUUCCUCUCUUACAGCCAAACUUAAGACACAAGGUUAGACGACCUUUGGCAAUCAUAGCCCAGGCAUUGGAAAACAUUGACAGGUGAGCCAUUACAUCACUUUGCUCCAUUGGUUCAGACUAGUUCUUCUGCUCAUGACCCCUUCUACAAAUGGAGGUAAAACUUAAUGGAUUCCGUUUCUUAAUAACAUUUGCACUACUACAGUUAUAAGAAAGUUGAUGCAGAUAAACUGACUAAUUAGUGUAUGAUUUAGAGUUUUUAUCUGUUACAAAUUGUUUCCACUUUUUUAAGUGUAUUGUUUUUAAAAAUGGUGUAACACUGUUAUAAAAAAAUAAAAUCUUUAAGCAUAGCCUACUGACUGAAUGAAAGACUGGCAUAAAAUUCCAUGGUCUAAAAUUCAGUUUGCUGCAUCAUUAGACAACUGGAAAACUGUUACAUGCAAACAAACAAACAAACAAAAUAUUACAUUGAUGUCUUUAAAAAUUUGGAAGUAUAAGAUUAUAAGAAAUUCUUUUUGCUUGCAGUCUCCUGGUUCUAUUGAGGUGCCAAGUACAUACAGAGUUGUCCCAGUGUGAAGAAGAUCAGGAGCAAAUUGAGGCAGCCACAGAAAACUUAAAAAAGGUAAACUUCAAUUCAAACUGUUUGAACUCUGAAAAAAGAAGGUAGGUACAUAAACAAAAUUAGCAGCUAAUUAUGAAUAAAAAGUGUGGAUCAAAACAAAUAACAAAUACAUGAGGUAAACAGAUGAAAGCUAUUUAAAAAAAAAAAAGAAAUAUAUAGAUAAUUUUAUGUGCAAAAAUUGUAGAACUGUGUUAAGUAUAGAUCUAGAUGAUUGGAGAAAAACAACUGUAUGAUGACUUCUUUCAAUAGGCCCUUUAUUUUGAUGACACUGGUGUUUACCAUGAAAAGCUGGAAGCCUCCCUUCAUCGUCUAGAGCUGAGGGCUCAGCUGUACAAGCAGCCGGAAACAUCUGAAGAUCAAGCAGCUAUGAUCAUUGAACAGGUUUGUUGUUACUUCAGUUUUUCUUAUGAAUGUUCAAACAAUUACUGUGGUUGUGAAUGCGAGAGCCUAGCUAAAGUAACACCUGAUGAAUAUGAGGUUUUAUAUAGAUAUAAUUUAUAUUUUUGCUGUUAUGGUUUGUAAAAAAAUUGGAUUAUUAAAGACAGAUUUUUGUGUUAUUUGAUUUCUCUAGCCUUUUUUAAAAUAAUUGUAAGUUUUGAAUCUCAAGGAAAUCUCUAUAUAUUUGCACUACUUUAAUUGAAAAAAAAUUGCGUUAUAAACUAAUACACUUGGCUUUCUAACUCUAGGCCCGUACAUCAGACUCAGGAACCAUUCGAAUGAAGCGUUCGUUGUUAGUGAAGGCUGGAGAAGCCUUAGCUCCUGACAACUUUUUGUUGGUGCUUGACAGUGAGAAUGAGGCUAAAGGUAAUGUUUGAUUCUUUUAACCAUCACAUGAGAACCAAAAAAAAAAAUCUAUUGUCCUUAGACUCAGGGAAGAGGGGUUCUGUCUAAGGCUUUUACUUUAAAAAGUAUCAUCUAUUUUUUAGUUGUUGAAGAAUUAUUGUCACAUUAAAGGAAAUUUGUAAAAAAAGUUCCUUAAAAGGCAUCAAUUUUAAUCAAUCUAACUGGGAGCAAUCCUAAAAAAUGCAGAUUACUGAAAUGAUCAAUCAACUGCAAAAGAUUUUGUUGUUAGGAUUCCAUUCAAGUCCCUUGCAAAUAAUUUGUUUGCAUGUGGAAUUCUUAAGCACUGUGUCUAUUAUAUUUGAGUAAUGAACUGUGUAAUGGAUAUAAAAAAAAUUUUUGUAAAGCUUUUUCAUUACUCAUGCAGCUAAAGAGGUCCUAAAGGAAGGUAUUCAAAAAUGUGUAUUAAACAAAAAAUUCUAGAGUCUGUCAUCUCACUACACUAUAUAUGUAUGAUCUGAACUCAUUUUUUAAAUUAAAGCUUUGAGCCCUUAUAAAAAAUUUUUCUUUAUAAUGUCUAAGAAAAGUGUAAAAAUAAUGCUUUUAAAUUAUUAAGUUUCUGAAUUUUUCUUUCUUUUCUAUAAAUUUGUAUGUAAUGAAAAUCCAAAAGAACUUGAAAUCACUUGUUUGAUCACCUGCAAAAUUCAAUUGUAACAAAUAGUCUAAAUUUGUAAAAUAAACCUGUUAUUUUCUUUAAAAAUUCCUCAUUUUAUAUCUUAUCAUCUUAAGCCAAAUCAUUUUAAUUUCCUAUCACUUGCAUAUCACUUGUUACCUUAUCAAUUACAACCAUACCUCUUUAUAUUUCCUUACAUCAGACUUUUACCUUUAUAUCUCAUUACUUUAUAAUUCAUUACUUUAUAUCCUAUCACUUUUAUAACAUUUAUUACAGCCAAAAUUUGAGUAUUAUUAAGAUUUGGGACUGUCAAAAAACUCAAAAAAGAUUUAAUGCCAAAACUCAUGAGUGUAAAGAAUAAAGUUGAAGUUUAGGAAGAUGAUUUCCAGAGAUAUGGGCCCACAUGAUAAAUGCACACUCAGUACAGACAUAACUGUGCACAAAAAACUGCACACUCUGAAAGUUUGAAUACUUCCUUAGAUAUUGGCUUUAGAAAUUUCCUUAAAUCCUCUCAUGUUUUCACAUCAGGAAGCUGUAUGCCUUGCAAGUUGUACACUGACUGCAUUCCUUGCAAGUUGCACCUUGCUUGCCUGCCUGUAUAUGCCUUGCUAGUUGAACCCUGCCUGUCGAUUAACUCUCAAUGGUGAAAAUAAACUUCCACAUUUUUUUAGCCCCACAAUCAACAUCAUAGUAUUCAUAGCCACAGAUUCUGUCAAAAGACUUAAAAGGCAAAUAAAGAAUAGUAAUAAAUUAUUUUAGUGCUAUACAUUUACAAGCAAUAAAUGUAUCAAAAUGUACAUUGAUGAAAAAUAGUACAGGUACUUAAUAAAACUGAACUAAAUAUUUUUUUCUUUAAAAAAAAACAAUGCAGAAAGAAACACAGCUGGUGUUACAAAAUUAAUUAUAAUUAGCAAUAGCCUUGAGUUCUGCACUUCGAGCCCUAAUUAGUGAUGAAGCGUGUUUUGAAAUGAACUUAUUAUUAUUAUUAUUAUUAUUAUUAUUAUAGCUUACAUUAUGAUUACUCUUCUGAGUUUACUUACAGAAAAACAUAAUUUGGCUAUUUACGUUGAUAUAGGUAGUGUAGGCCAUUAGUGUUCUCUUUACAAUUUAAUAAAUCAUAAGAUACAAUCUUUAAUUUAUAUCAUUCUUCUGUUUAUAAUUUUAAGUUUAAGAAAUUUAUGUAAUAUUCUCUGUACUGGUAUUAGACUCAGAUGAAGUGUUAUUUUCUUCAACAGAAAUAUAUGUUUUAAGAAAAUAAAUAGUUUUCUUCUCUGCCAAAUAGAAAUUUAACUUUUACUUAUAAUAUAUCAUGUUUCAUCCUUAAUAUAAAUAUUAUGUUUUAGAAGAGUCUUAAAACUCGUGCCAUAUGAGAUGACUCACUUUUUAAUAUUUUGUCUUAAAGAGUAAAAGGAUUAUUUGCAUGCACCCUUUCAUAAUUGCCAACUUCUCUUUUAUGCUGAUAACAAACUGAAACAUGGCAACUUUUUAAAUUUGUUUUGUAAAAUUACAUUGUAGCAAGUGUCAAUGCAAUUGUAUGUGUUCGCAAUUGUCAAUGUUUGCAAUUGUCUAUGUGCACAAUUUUUGCUGGAUGCAUUUGUCGGUGUGUGCAAAUUUCUGUGUGCGCUGCUGUCAGUGUGCACAGUUUCCAGUCUGCAGUUAAGUCUGUGCAGAGUUUUCUGUGCAUGUUUAUCAUGUGGGUGUUUGUCAUGUGUGCAUUUUUCAGUCAAGGAACCAAUGAAGACAUAGCCUUGCUAUGAAUUUUAGAAUAAAAACGUUUUUCAGUUAACAAGAGACAAACAUAUGUAUGUUUGCAAAAUAAUUAAUAUUAAGUAAAAUAUAUAGCUUCAUCCAAGUUAUUUAUUUAAUGUUUGCAGCUACAGCUAUUUUCAUUAAAGUACAUUUCUUCAAAUAAUAAUGAGUUGAUUUUUGUGACAAAGAAAGCUCACAUUUGAACAAAUGUAUAGGAAAAAAUAAUUUUUGAUUUAAAGUAGAACAGAACAUAAUUCAACUAAUAUUAAUGUUAACUAGCUUUUUGAUACAUUAACUUCUGAGUUUCCUUAUAUGAUCUGAUUUUCAGAAGUAUCUGCAGUCAAAGAAUCACUGACACAAGUCAAGCAACUUGCCGGUAAAGCCAAACAGCACAAAUUAUUCCUACAGAAAACUGAGGGCUAUCUGAGUAGACUUGGAGAGGAUAAUGCUAAAGAAAUGUAAUCCAUUGGCAUUUCAACACAUUUUGAGAUUAAAGAAAUUUGGGUCACAGGGCUUGGUGUUGUUAGUUCAAUUUUUUUUCAUCUAUUUUUUUUAAUAAAAAAAAAAGCUUACUUAUAUUGCAAUGUCACUGACAGAUUUUUUAAUAUAAGUCUUAUUUCCCCAAAAAGAAAUAUAACCUUUGUCAAAAUUUUGCAUGAAAUUUCUAGAGCUAAGCUUUGGGCUGACCUGGCAAAGACGGCACGCAAACAGGAAGUCUGGGAUGUGUGUCGUGUGGCCUGCAGAUUUUGUCUGUUAUUUGAUGAUCCAAAGUGGCAAAUUGUUGCACCACCAGUUACCUCAAAAGCUGUAUCUGUUGCUGAAAGGUAUUAUAUUUAGAAUAGCUUCUUUUUGGACAUCAAAUAAAAGGAGCUUACUCAUAAAUUUUUAGUUCAUUGUUUGCAAGCAAUAGUAAAAGAACCAUUGAUAUAAUCUUGAAUUCUAAUUAUAAAAAAUCUUACCCACAUUGUGCCAAUGGUAACAUGAUGACAGCAGCUUAUUUUCAUUUGUUUUCAGUGUUAGUGUCAAACAAGAUCACAGUGCUAGUGACACCUUAGUAGAAGAAACAUCCUCCAAGCCUGAGAUCAAGACGGCUUCUAGAAUGACUGUUGGUCCUUCCACACCCCAGCCAAAACUAAACAACAAGGAUCUGAUGCGAAUGAUUGCAGAAAUUUCGUUUGUCAAUGGCGAGGUGAACUACUAAACAAACGUUACUUACAUUUAAAAAUCAAGUAGGAAAAUAUAACCAAGGGGUUAAAGUUAUUUUUCAAUCAAGGCCUAUAAGUUUAUAAAGGUUUAGAUCACCGGUUGCCAAAAUUUUGUUCUUCCAGAACCCUUGAUUUGACUUUUCAUUUGUAAGUACAACCCUCCCCCCCUUCCUUUUUCCAUAACUCCACUCAUCCCUAAAAAGGUAUUAAAAAAUUAUUUAGAUUAGCUAAAUAAAAUGCAGCUGAAAAAGCUAAUGAAAUGUAGAGGCUUUUAUUUUAUAUUUUACAAGCAAUUUCAGUUUCUUUAUUUCCAUUCAAUGCAGCUAAAACGAAUCCCAAAAAUAAACUUUGCAAUAUAAUAUCUGGCCAUAAAAUUUGGAAAUAAUCAAUAAAAACUAUCAACAGUGGACUUUAAUACAACAAUGCAGUGUUCUUAUUAUUAAUUUAAUUUGAAUUUUCAUUUUUGCGUACACCCAGGGGUACACAUACUGCAGGUUGGGAACUGCUGGUUUAGAUAACUAUCAUUGUUAGCCAGUAAAUUAAAUUAAAUAUCUCAUGAUUCUUUAGGCUAAAAUGGGAAACUUGUUCUCUUUCUUAUUUUUAUCAAUCCCAUUUUUCAAAAAAAUAUAGAUCACAUCACCAGAGAUUGCUCCAGAAAAAUAAUUGAGCAAGUCUAGGACUACACUCUCUCCCUUGUGUAUCUUUGGCUCUCUCUCUCCUGUUUGAAAUCUCCCAUCUGUUACUCCCAUCCAUUGAAAUAUGCAUACUUUAUUGCAAUUUUGCUGAGCCUUCAAUUACUGAACUUUUGAGACAUAACUUUGACAUCAUACUUCAACUUUGAUGACAUAAAUAUUUGGCUUGAUAAUAUCAUUUCUUUGCCAUUGAAAUAUUGAAGGGAUGAUCUCAUAUGUAUAGAAUAACAUAGACGGAAAUACAUUUUUUAAUUUUUUUAGAGUAGGGCGGUGUGAAGGGAAGGGGAUGAUGUAGAGGGCACUCGCCUCAGGUGCCAACAUCAGGGGCACUAAAAUCAUCUUUAGAUAGGACCUUUAUAAUGAAUUAAAUGAUAAAAUGCCUUAUAUUUCACAAAGACUGGUCAGCCCCAGGCAGCACUUUUUCCUCUUUAUUGAUGGGUGCCAUUGUCAGGCUUUUGAGAUUAGAACACUGUUAAUUCUAGACUUGUCAAACGUUGAAAAGCAUAAAAAAUAUAUUUGUUUAAAUAAAUCUGUAAGGUUAAUUUUUUUCCAUCUUGAAACAGUAAUGUUUUUAUGUUUGUCUUAAGGCAUUGAUCCAGCUGCUGAGGUCUCAUGGUUUGCAACUUAAUGACUUGCCAGUUUAUCCAGAAGAUAAAAGUAAACGCCCCAAGGGUUAUGUGCCCAAAAAACCAGAAGAAGAUACUGACUGGAUUGAAUAUUGGUAACCACCUUUUCUUACACAGUUUUAAAAAGAAAUCUUUAAAAUUAAAUCAUAUCCCAAAUUUCUAAACAGAUAUUCUCCUAAUAAUAUUAAUUAUGCUUAUUUUUAUUUUCAAAGCUUUUUCCUUGAGCAACUUAAAUAAAGUUAAUUUAGAAGCUAAUUUUUAAAAAUUUUAAUGAAGUUAUACUUUUUAUAACAAUUUCCCUAAAAUUUUUAGUGACUGGCUGAAAAAUUUAUCAAAGGAAGCUACACAAAAUUUCCUUCGAGGUCUCACUCUUGGUGUGGUGCUGAAUGAGCCAUGGAUUGUUUGUAGUGCUGCAGCUUACAUUUGGAACUACAACAAUCAUAUUAUUAGCCAGGGACGGGAAGCUGAGAUAACUUCAGAUUUAACUACGGUGCUGGAGGGUCUCAAGAGAGUAGGGCAUGCUGGGUAAGUUUGAAAACAAGCAAAAACAUUUGUGUUAUGCAAUGACAGUGGAGUUUUUUUUUUGCCAAACCUCUGGGCAAUUUUUAUUUAUGUUUUCUCUAAAUGAAGGGUUUAGUCUUGUAGAGUUCGCAGCCCCUGAUAUAGAUUAAAACACUCUUUAUUUUUAUUCCAAGGAUGUUUGGCCAUAGCCAUGUGGGGAAGUUGGUGUUUGAGGGUUAGAAACCGUCCACAGUAUUUUUGUGACAUACAUAUCAAUUUUUUCAGUUCCAUGCGAUUAGGUUGAACUCACUCCUUUGGUUGAUCCUAUGCGAAGGAAGAAAAUAUAUUUUUAAAGUCUAAGCCUCAUAACCUAAUUUAUCAUUGGCUUGGGGCCAUUUAUCGUUAAUUGAGACAUGAAGGGAAGAGUUCAUUAUACUAUACCCUAAUUUAGCGUGUACUUUACUUCCUUUGUUGCAAAGUUUAAAGUACCAAAAUUUGUACUGUAAAAUAUUUAGAGCAUUACAUGUAAUAAGAGAUGCAACUAUGUUUUCUCAGCUGCUGACCUUUACACAAUUAUUGUUCCAGCCAUUUUAAAACUAUCUUUUAUUUUUAUUUGAAUGUCUUAUUAUACCUGUAACUGUUGGUUGGCCUCUUUAUCAGUAAUCAUGAGGGAAAUGAAAAUCAAAUAAAGUUAAGCAUCAGAAGGGAAAUAACAGAGCCUAAGAUAUAAAGAGAUGACUUUUUUUUCCCCAGGGAGACAGAGAUGCUGGUGAACCUAUGCAAUGGUUUAGCCAAUGGUCUUGUAAAACCUUGGAUUCCUAAAUCACCACCAGAAACAGCUAAACCUGAACCAGCUGUUGAAGCACCACCGAUGAAAAGUUCAAAGGGAGGCAAAACGCCUGCAGUGACAGCUCCAAAGAAUCCACCGAACAAGCUGAGCUUUGGUAUGCCCCCUGAGGCUUUGUCUGAUCUGAAAAAAGCUGUAGAGGUAAAAAAAAAAAUUAAAACACUGACUGUUAUUCUGUGUGUAUUCUUAACUUCAGCUCGGUGGCAGGCUGCAUUGAAAUGGUGGCAAAUAAAUCUAAAACUUUUAAGGUGUGCAUGAAAUGAGAGAAUUGUGACAGAUUAAAAAUAAAAAAAUGUGAUGUCUUUACAUGGCUCUCUACCACAGAGAAAUAGAUAUAUAAAAGGCAGAUAGAUCAGUUAAAUGAGAAAAAAAGUAUGUAACAAAUAACCACCAAGUUUGUCAGUGAGUGACUGAAGGAUUAUGGGGAAAAUAAAACAACAUCCCAAAACAUGAUCACUUUUUAGGUUUGUGAACAUGCCAUGCGUGUGACAAAUGGAACUGAAAGCCAGAACAUUGUGCCGAUGUACGUUAGAAUGCCUUUGCUACAGGCAUGGGUCAGAGCCAAACAAAUUGCUCAACAGGCGAUUUCCAAGAGUUAUGGUACAGAAGAUGAGGUGAGGAGAUUUCUUAUUUCAUAAGAAAUCAUCGAAUAUUUAUACUUUUAUUUCUAUUUUUUUCUAGAUAGAUUUUUUUAAAGAUGUAGAACAAUUUUUCCAGUGUUUGAAUUUGCUUUGAAAAUUUCAGUAUUAAUGUGGUGUUUCUGUUUAAAAAAAAAAGAAAUAACUUCUUUGAAAUACUUGAAACACUCUUACUGAGAAAUAAUUAUCCUUUUGAAAUCUGCCAAAAGACUUUUGUUAAAGAUGAAAAAUAUUUUAAGUAAGAAGUUGGAUAACUGGAAAAUUUAGUUAAAACCCCUACUGCCACUCACUCAGUGUUAACAAAUAUUCUUUUGAGAGCUUUAAAAGUUACGGUCAACAUACACUUUAUGUGCAAGUGUUUUAACAAUAUUUUCUUCUUGCACAAUGUAGCAGUGCCAAAAUAACAUUCAUUGAUAAGCAUGAUUAAUUAUCACAACUAGUGUUCCCGGUGGGUUUUUUUUGUUGGUACAGGGUUUUCAUAUAUUUUUGUAUGUUUUUUUUUUUUUUUGUGUGUGACAAAUUUAGUUUGGAGAUUUUGCUUCUCUAAUAGUCAAAUACUGAAACAUAUAUGGGAAAAAAUGUUCAUUUUGUAGAAACAUAGGGCCUUAUAAAGGAAAAAAAUGUUCAUCUUGUAGAAACAUAGGGCCUUAUAUGGGAAAAAAAUGUUCAUUUUGUAUCAUCUAUGAGUAGUGAUAUUUGGAAAAUAAUUAAAAUGCCACCAGAAGAAAAACUUUUAAAAAUUUUAAAGCUCAAAAAUAGACCUGGUUUCAUUAUUUCCUUCUGCUUCAUUCUUUAAAAACAAAAUUUGUGUUACAGCACAGCAGGCAAGGCCAAAACUCGAUGACCAGAGCUGUCGUUGCUGUUGAAAUACUGUCACUUAACAAAAGUGGUCAAUUGGAGUUUAAGGAUGUCCCUACCUUGGAAGAUGUAGGUAUCAAAUCUGAAGAUGUAAACAUCCUGAGAUGUAGACUGAGAUGUGGCUAUUAAAAAAAAAAAGAGUUUAAUGAUACUAACAGGGGCUGUAUAUUAUGUGUAGCAAUUUAUUGAUAUUAUUAAAAGCUGGAUGGUUACUCAUGCCACCAACAGGAGCUGUAAUGUUUUUAAUAUUAAUAGCUUUAGAAAUGGUCAUUACAAACAUCAAAAGUACUCUUGAUCAGACAUGAUGUUAAAGAAGAAUAAAAAUUAAAAAGCAAUUGUUGGAAAUGAAAUGGUUGGAAAUGAAAUGGUUAGAAAUGAAAUGGUUGGAAAUGAAAUGGUUGGAAAUCAUUUCUACAGCACAGUCCAUGGGCAUUAUUUUUUGUUAUGCAAUUAUAUUUUAUUGUUAUCUAAUAAAACGUUCUCUUCCAAAUGUAAAAUCAGGUGGUCAAUAUGGUUUUAGAAGCCAAGUGGACAGAGAAACUGGUUGAGCUCCAGCUGUGGACACGACUGACCUUCCUGGCUCAUGAGGCACACAAUGCAAAACUAGUGACUCUGUGUUGUAAGAAUGCCUCUAAAUUGGAGUCUCGUUUACAGAAACUGAGCAGGCAAGUUAAGUAAACAGAUCUGAUAGCAAAAUAACAAUAAUGUGGAAAUAUUAUUUUUGUAAUGUAGAUGGUAUGUUACAUUAAUGAGGAGUUUUUUUGAAUUUCUGUUUUAUGUAACCAGUCAUCAGCAGCUUAUUUUGAAUGAAAUGCUGAGCUAUGCAAACCUUAUACUGGGACAAAGUCUGAUUGAAAACAUGAAGGGAAGGAACUCCAUUCGAAGAGAAGCUAUUGAAGCUUUUGUCAUCAGUGCCAGGUAUGUAAUUUUUGAUGACCAAUAUUGUUGCCUGGUAAGCUGAACCAAGCUUUCAAUGGAAUAUAUUUAAGUGUUGAUCAUUAAACAAACAAUUCCAGUGGAAAUAUUAGGUAUGCUACUACAUUCUGUUUAAUGAAAUUUUAAAAUGUUUUAUUAAACCUUUUCCUAAAUUCUAUUAUGUCUGUGAUUGUCUCUAAGCAUGUUAGUUACAUUUAUUGUAAAAUGAGUGGUAGAGGAGUUGUUUAUUUCAUGGGCAGAUAUGCCAGAAAGGCUGGCAACUACGACCUGGUUAUGACAGCUGCAAGGCACUUCUGGAAUGCAUCUGUCCCAUUGGUUGGGCUUCCCAUGGAGAGAGAGCUUUUAAAAGAGCAUUUAAAAACUGUCUUAGAAGCCAUCUCUGCUACUGCCAGCAUGAAAUUUAAAAAGGUAUUGGGGGUAUAAACCGGAUGCAUUAAUAAGGACUAGGGGGGGCUAGUAAUGUCUUUCCAAUGGACACUGCUUCAAAUUUAACUUUUAUGGGAGCUCGUGAUGUUCGUUAAAUUUAGAAACUAAAUUAUUCUUUGAAAAUGUUUGUCACAUUCAGUAAAUUUCAUAGGAAUUUGUUUUGAUAGACAGAUAAUUUAACUCUUUCCUUGCCAAUCCACAGUGUAUCUUUGAUUUGAUUGGUUGCAUUUGUGCCAACCCACGAUAUAGUGUCAAAAUAAUUUCUGAAGUUUGUUUUUUAUGCCUGCCGCUAUUAAUCCGACUGUUUAUGUCCUUAAAUGAAGGAUAACUCCUCCUUCUUCCUUUCUAUUAAGAUCAACUUUCUAGCUCAAGUGGUUCAAACGUUAUAAAUUUUUUCAAAACCACUUUUUUACUAAGACAGCAGUGUCAGUGAGGAUUUAGAUAAUACUACUCCUGUUUUUCCAUAGAAAAGUUGGAAUUUAGGCAGAAAAGAUGCAUGAAGAAAAAAUUCAGAACUCUGAUACACUCAUUCCCUUAGAGCCCACCCUAUCAAAGCCAAGGAAAAAGCCCUUCAACAAUGCAGACAAGCAUCUCAGUGAAAAUAAGCACCUGAUUGACUAUUACGGGCAAGAUUAACAGUGCACAAAAUAACCAAACUCGGCGGCUAUGUGUGCAUGGGAUGCACAGGAAGGCCUCAUCUAUGUGUUAAGGAGUGCUUCAGAAAGGACCACACAGAAAGAAAUUUGUACCAAAGUAAAAUAUUUUGUGGAAAUUCUCCGGCAUUAUAGAGUACCAAGAAAACUAGUCAGGAUCAUUCAGAGUUCUUAUGAAGAAAUGACAUGCAGGGUGGUACAUGAAGGUAGAUCCACUGAUGACUUUAAAGUGGAAACUGUAGUCAAACAAGGAUGUCUCUUGUCUCCCUUCCUAUUUAUCCUCGCCAUUUACUGGAGAAUGAAAAAAUCCACAGACAAAAAGAGGAACGAUAUACAGUGGACACUCUGGUAACAACUGAAUGACCUAGACUUUGCAGACAACAUUGCAUUUCUCUCCCAAAACCAGCAACAAAUGCAGGAAAAGACAAAAGAUGUAGCCACCUUUUCAGAUCAGCUCGGACUUAAUAUAAAAUAAAAGCAAGACAAAAAUCAUGAAGGUAAACGCAGCCAACCAAGAGCAUAUCUCGCUGGCAGGAAAGGCGCUGGAAGAAGUGGAGUCCUUCACACGCUUAGGCAGCACCAUCGACGUAAAUGGAGGAUCCCACUUGGAUGUAAAGGCUAGAAUUGGAAAAGCUAGAUCAGCAUUUGUACUAUUAAAGAAAAUAUGGGAGUCGAAGGAGCUGAAGCUGCAAAAUUAAAUCAGAAUCUUUAACACAAAUGUCAAAACAGUUCUAAUAAACUUGGAAAACAAUAGCGAGCAUUACGCAGAAAGUUCAUAUGCCUUAGAAAGAUCCUGAACAUCAAAUGGCCAAAUACCAUCACCAACAAAGAUCUACUAGAAAGAACUUAUCAAGACUGCCCAUUGACGCAGACAUCAUAAAGAAAAGAUGGCGGUAGAUAGGGCAUAAUCUCCGAAAACCCCCAGAUAGCACCAUCAGACAAUCUCUAACAUGGAAUCCACAGGGAAAAAGAAAGAGAGGAAGGCCAAAGAAUACAUGAAGAUGCGAGCUAGAGGCAGACACGCAAAGUGUGGGAUACACUUGGAAGCAACUGGAAAGGAAAGCACAGGAUCAUGAUGAAUGGAGCAUUCUUGUGAACGGCCUAUGCCCCAGAUGGGUGAAAAAGGCAUAAGAAGAAGAAAAAAUCAUUUUUUAAAUAAUGUGUUUAAAAAUUUGUGUGUAUACAUUGCAAAGAAUUUUUCUUCGGUUGACAUUAAUGUUACAAGAAUGUGUAACUCUGUCACUAAAUGAAAUAUUUUCAAAAUGUUAAAUGCAUUCUGAUAAAAAAUGUAUAUAUUUUCUAAUAAUUGAAGAAAAAUAGGAUGCCAACUACACAGACCAUAUAGUAGUCUGAUAAGUUCAGAUUUGGUGAGCAUUUAAAAAAAAUAAAAAAUAAAUAAAUUCAUCUCUGAAUAUUAGGUACCUAUACAAUUUAAACUAAUAUUGUCUUGUGGUUUUAUCUUUGUCAUAUUAUUAUUCUCUGUUCAAUUUCCUUUAAUUUGAUAUGAAAUACAGCUAUCUUGCUAAAAAAAAAAGGUACCUCCAAAAUUCAUUAAAUGAUAAGAGCACCCUAAAAUAUUUCCAUUGCCCGAAAACCGGUCUGGCACAAACGUGAAAAACCCUCUGGCAUGGAAAGAGUUAAUAUAUAUAUAUUUUUUUUAAAAAAUGGCUUAAGAAAGUAUAACCACUAUAUUUGAACAAACUUAAAUGGCUUAGUUAAAAAGAUAAAAUAAAAUAUAUAUUCAUUUUUUCAGGAUAAAAGUGCUGGUUCUGGCCAAGGAGAUAAAACAGAUGGGGCAGAGAAAGAACCGGAAGGAGUAAAAGAUGACCAAAAAGAACCAGAAAAGACCACAGGACCAGCUCCAACUGAUGACCUCUCACUGAGGGCAGCCAUGUAUGGAGUGUUGUUUCAGUCAUUUGCUGACAAGGUAAUUGCCUGUAGUUUGUGUCUUGUGAAACUUUUAAAUUGGAAUGUGUUGAAAAGUGCAAUUACUUCAACAGAAUUGUGACAUACCGGUCCUUAUAUUUUGGUUUGGAAGAGUGUCAAACUUCAUGUCUAAACACAUAUUCCAUAAUAUAUAAGCCAUAACCCAAUAAUGUAAUUUAUCAGCUUUCUAAAAGACUUUGAUUGCUAACUUGCUAGUUUAAACUAAAAGUAAAAUUGCAUUUAAAAAUACAAUAUCUUAAUGUCAAUGAAAAAAUUGUGUUGCACAGUUAAAAAAACAAAUAAAAAUCUUAUCCAUGACAGGGUGAGUGGCCUCAAGCCCUUGAGUCCAUUGAUCAAGCUGUUGCAUGCAUGCCACGCACCAAACACAGACUGUAAGUGCAAGUCAUCUUAAGAGUUAAGUUAAGAAAACUAGGUACAUUGACUUAAAGAUAUUUCUUUUUACUUAGCAUUAUAUUGAGAACUGAAAUGUCUUAACCAAUGAGUAGCAAGGAAAGGAUAAUAAAGUAAAGUUAAAAUAAUUUGGACAUAUUAUUGCACAGUGUUUCAUAGUAUCACUAGGUGAUUAUCAUAGAAAAAGUUAUUAGUAAUGUUGAAAAUGACAAAAUUUCUAGACCUGGGUUGAGAGUGAUAAUAUAUAAUGGUGAUAUAUAGCUAAUGAUAAUGUAUAGAUCUGGAAUGAGUAAUUUGCUCAGGGUUCUAAACAAGUUUUUCAUAACUGCGAAAAAAAGUUAUACUUGUAUUUGGUUCCAAAAAAUUGUAUUUAAUAAAAUUUCUUUCUAACUCACGUUAUUGAAUCCUUUUUUGUUUAGGAUUUUAUUCAAACACAGAGUAAUGGUGAAAGCAAAACUUGGGCAAAACAUUAAUAUGGAUAUGCAGAAAUUCAAGGUAAUUUUGCUCUUCAAAGCAACUUACAAGUAACCUAUACUUUUUUAGUCAUCAUCUUUAAAUUGCUACUUAUUUUACAAUUUAAGAUUUGUUUUAAAAUUAUUUAUUGAAAAUAAAUAAUGUAUAAAAUUAAAAUAAUAUAUAAAAAAUAGUAUUUUGCCUGUUAAAAGUAAGCUAAUUCAAAAAUUUUUAUAUAUAUAAUUUUAAAAGGAUGAAUCAGAUGAUUUUAUUGCAAAUAUGUGGCGUAGAGUAGCCCUAAGCUCCAAGAAAGUUUCUGAACAACUCAUCUCAUAUCAAAAUGCCAUUGAUGUAUUAGAGGUUAGUACACUUUUUUUUCUCUGUAAUAUUAUUAAUAAAAGAAAAAAUAGAUUUUAACAAAAAAGAUUUUAAAAAAAAUAAAAUUAUUUAUUAAUUUUCCUUACCAUGGUCUAAUAUAUUAAGUGUUUAUUUUAAAUAUUAAUCCUUAAUAUAAAUAAAGCUGCAACUACCAUUUUUACACAAAAUAAUAUUCUAAUUAAAAAAUAAAUAAAAAGCCUUUGAAUAUAAAAAAGAUAAAUUAUAUUUUUAGUUUUGAUAUUUUUCUUUUUUAAAUAGCUGCCAUGUUUUACUCCUAGUCAUUUCUCCAUUAAAAAAGAAAUAAUUGCUCUAUAAUUAACACUCUGUUGAUUAGCCAAUGAACAGUUUUUUUUUAUCAAAACAGGUCAUUAGAUAAAUGCUUGCAUUUGGUUUUUUGAAAAUUAUUAAUGUUUUAUGCUAUAGAGUUAAUGUGUGUUUUUCCAUUGCAGACUGCAGGCAAUGAAUACCAGAAAGUUGAAUACCUUUUAGAAUUUGGCCAAUGGCUCUACAGUAAUCAGUUUCCAACUGCUGAUGCCCAGGAUCAAGUGGAGUGGGCAGUAGAUAUACUGCUAAGCAUAAAACAGUCAGAGGAAGCCAAAGGUAUAAAAGAAUUAUAAUUAUACAUUUCUCAUUUUAGAAAAAAAAAAAAGAUGUAUUUGAUAUUUCACAUGUGUUUUUCCACAGAUAUUAGCUUGUUUAUUAAAAUCUUACACUUUGAUCACUGGCAGCACUAAAAUUUGUUUGUUGCUUUAAAAAAUAUAUUUGUUUCAUUUUACACUUUCUCGAUGUUACUUGUCUUUCAUUUGAAUUUGUUCUGAUUCAUAAUUUUUUUUUUUUAAAUUUGAAAUAUGAAAAGCUUCCUUACAACCAGAUGGGAAAAAAAGGAAAGGUAAUUUUUUUUAACGUUUUUAAUUUAAAUAAAAAAUGAAUUCACAACAGUUUUUAAAUAAUUUUGUGAGCCCAGUACUUAACAUUACAAUAAUAUCAGUGCAACAAAUAAAAUCUAAACUCUUUAGUAGUGAACUAUAAAGUUCUAGACUUUACUUAAGUAUUUGAGCUUAUUUAUACAAAAUAAACAAUAGAUAAAAAGGGGAUUAUAUAUGAACUUAAAUUAUUAUGUCUCAAGGAUGUUUUUAUCUCAAAUAAAUUCUUUUGGGAGGAUAUUCUGAAAAUAAUUUAUUGGUUGUUGUGCUACCAUAUCUAACAUUAACAAAUACCCAAAAUAAGUAUUGAAAUGAACUUAACUGAAAAUCUCCCAAAAUAGUCUCUUUUUUCUAAUUAUUAGAUUUAUUAAAACAACUUUCAAAUUGCAUUCUCAAAACAAGAACUGCAUUCCAGUUUUAUUUAUUAACUAUUUGGCGGUUUAUUUUUUCCCUUUUAACCGGGAAUCUGCAACUACCAAAAUCACCGGACAGCCCUGAUCUUUGAGUCAAGUUCUUCAGAAAUGAUAAAUAUAACAUAAAGAUUCUUUGAAAAGUUAAACUUUAUGAUAACAAAAUGUGCUAUGUCUGUAUUGUGUUAUGAUGAUUUGCUCUGAUCUGCUGAAUUUCAACAAUUCAAUUUGUUUUUAUUUAGGAUCAAGACUACGAGAAACUAAAAGCUUUACACCAAAGGGUAAACAAAUUUUUAUCUUUUAAUUCUUUGAAGUUUUAUUUUUAAAUCACUGAUAGAACUAAAAAGUAUUUCUUUCUGAAAACAAAAGUUUAAAAAAAGAAAUUAUGUUUAGAAAAUUUUAGUAACUAAACCUAAAUUUUUUGUUUCACCAUAUCCAAAAAAGUCUGAUAAACUGUUCCAAAUAUUUCUUUUGAUGUCAUUUUUUUUUCUAUUUGAUGCACACAAUCCAUUUUUUUCCCCUCACCCAGCACUACAUUUUGUUAUCCUAAAGUGUCAUUUCAUGUGCUGCUAAAAUAUAUUGAAAGUUAAAAACAAAAACAGAAUACAAUAACUGAAGAACUCAAUGCCUGAAGAGAUAGUUGUUCAUGAUUAUUUUAAACAAAUUCUGUACAGCUCAGUUGUAAAAUAGCUGUAUUAUGUAGGAAGAAGUACUUGAUAAACAAAGCCCAAACAAUAUGCUCUUAAUAGGUGAACUCCCCUUGUAUCAUAAGGAUCAGAAAUGAAGAGAACAUUGUAUUUUAAGAAAACACCAUCCAGAAAAUCAAUGAAAAUACUAUUGCAUAUUAGAGGUAUAUUGUCUCACUUAAAACGAAGCUAUGAAUGGAAUCGAUAAGCCAUGAGGGUACAUGUAGAUCAAUUUUGUUUUUUACAAAUGAUUGUUUUUUUUCUUCUAAAAAGUAUUGAAAGUAAAAUAUUUGUUAAAAAUGGCAUUUCAGUAAUGGAGAAGCCUAUAACACCUGCCUCAGUCAAGAUGGUGUCAGUCAUAGUGACACCAAGUGGGAGAAUGACAGCAGACAAGACAAGCUCAAAGAGAGACGUCAAAAGUCACACCCCUGUUAUGUUGUCAGAGGCAGCGUCUAGAGAGAAGGUGGGAGGAGAGGAAUUAGUUCCAUCAGCCAAGCAGAUAGAAAUAGGUCAGGCUAUGUCUUGAGGUUUCGAUUUUGAUUUCUUUAAAUUUAAACCUGUCGAAAAAUAUGAUACCAUAAUGUUAUGCUUUCUGAGUCUCUUUUCUUACUAUAAGCUCACUCUCAAUACCCAUAAUUUGCUAGUCUUUUUGUUUAGCUUCUAUUGACUCUAUUGGUACCAUUCUUGCAUGUUUAUAUCUUUUUACUUAAUAAACAUUUUAACUUUUGUAAUACAUAAGAUUUUUUCUUCCCUUUCCACAUUUUGAUGGAAAUAAAAUUGACCUGUAUUUCGUUCUCUGUCUCAGCCUCUCUAGUUUUCAUUUUUAUAAUCUUACAGCCUUUUAUCUCCUGCCUGCCUUUCAAUGACAUACAGCUGUUAUAUUUUUGUACAUUUCCUUAAACAAACCUCUCUUUAUGUUGCCCUCCAAAUAACUUUCUGUCACUGGUACUGUGUUGAAACAACAUCCCCUAACAUCACCAAACAGGCAGCCCAGUGCCAGAGAAUCCUGUUUUGUCAGUCAAGGAAAUCAGUGAAGUCCGCCAGCUGGACGCGCUGUUCAGGUCACACAUGUUGCUGGCUGAGUUCUGUGGACCAGACUGUGUUCAGUACACUGACAUUCUGCUCAUGGCCUACAGCUACCUCAUGAGGUUAUGGGAAGUAAGUCUUUGUUAUUUACUAGAAUUAGCUUGCCACAAAAUGGAGGCAGCAGUGUGUGAACUUCCCAUCUACAACAAGUUACUUGACAAAACUAUCAAUCAGGUAUUGGGCUAUAUAAGAAUCCCAUUAAGUGCUGACUUAUGGGAAUUUUAUUUUAUGCUCCUAUUGAUUACAGCCUAAUUAAUGCAUUCUUUUUUUUAAUGUAGGUAUAUUGCCAGGGGAUUGUUUCAUGCUGUUUGAACAGUUUAGAAUGUCAUAUUAUUAUGUAAUAAUGUUGGUUACAAACUUAUAUAUAAUGUAUAAGCAAAAACAUAUAUAUUGAAUAAAUCAUGCAAAAUAGAUUGGUUUUUAAAAAAUAAUAAAUACCAAUUAGAUAUAUGUAUUUAUCUAAUUAAUAUAAAACCUUUGGUUAGUUUGGGGUGUGGGGUAAUUUUUGUCAUGAGACCCUAUAUAAGUUUCAAACCUUUGGCAUUGAGAACUUAAAAUCCAAGCAAUUGAAAAACCAAUUAAGCUUAAAAGGCUUUGAAAUAUCUUUUCAAUCAGUUCUACAUGAAUAUAGUGGAUUCAGGUAUAAAGUACACAUUGGCAACAUACCUUGAUUUACAGGGUACUCUAUAACAAAUCUGCUUUGUUUUUAAAAUAAUUUUUUUUUAAAACAUCAUAAGGCAUUUUAAUUCUCUUCAAAUAUUCAACAUGUGUAGGUUCUCAUACAAGCAUUUGGACAGAGCAUGAAAGAUCUUUCCAAGAAAGCGCCAACUGUUGUCAAAGAUGAACUUCAUUCACAGUCAGGAACUAAGACUAAGAAAGAGGACAAGAAAAAGGAAGAGAAAGAGAAAGCCGCACAGGUACCUUUAGAUUUAUUGACCUGAAAUUAUUAACUAUAACUGUGAAAUCCACAAAGGAAUGAGAUAAUAAUUUAACCCAACAAUUUUUAAAAAUCAAAUUUUUUAAAAUGAAUGUUAUCUUUUUAUAAUAAAUUAUUUGCUGACAGUAGAAAUAUUUAUACAGUACAACAAUAACAAUAAAAAAAUAAAUCUGUUGUAUUUACUAGCAGCUCAAAAGGAAGAGAAAAUUGCCAUUAGAUGUCCUCCCUGCAGACCUGGAAACAUGGGCAUUAUAUGACUGGCCAGAAGAGGGAUUUGAAGCAUUCAAAAUAGACAAGCUCAAAUCUGUGGCUAUUAAUGAAGACAAUAUUCCUAAACCUGUAAGGGGAGAGAAAACGUGUUAGUGCUUUAAAAGUUAUGGAUAGCUUGAUGCCCUCAAUGGGGCAUCUUUUUUUCUUUAAAUUUUCCACUUUACUUUUUAUCAUCAAUGGAAAGUAAUUUUCAUAUGCAGCAGUUACAGACCUUAAGUAGACAUAAGUGUUAUAAAUAUAAAAAGUAAGAUGAUAAGACUGAAACUUCUGGCUUUUUUUUUCAAAUAAAACAACUAUGAUAUGAAUAAAUAUAUUAUGCUGGGAUCAUAAUCAUAUCAAUAAAAAUGUUUAUGAUUAGUUAAAAGAAUUUUUCAUACUGAUUUUUUUUUUUUUUUUUUUUUAAAUUUUCAGUUUUUUUUUUUUUUUUUUUUAUUUUUUUUUUUUUUUUUUUACAAUUAUCAGUUUAUUUUUUGUUAUCAUUUAUUGGAAAAAAGAAAAUCAAAAGAAAAAAAAAAGAAAAAGCUUUACCAAUUUUUUUAAAACUGAUAGUCACUUUGAAUACAUCUAUGAAUACUUUAUUGACAGAUGUUGACGUUUCACUACACUGACAGUCUGAUCAAACAGUUAAAAUCUAUUGGAUACACUCCCAUGACUUUCCCAGUUCUGGCCUUCCAGGAUCUUCUGUCACGAAGUGUAGUCCCAAGCUCUGCUCUUAAUAAAUUGGUGCAUCUGUGGUAGGUCUUAUACUUAACAUUUACUGUAUUUAAAAUGUGAAUCCAUUGUCAAAAAUUAUAUCCAAAAUUCAGCUGAUGGUUUCAUGAAAAUUUACUUUUUAAAUCUAUUUUUUCCAUAUACUUUUUGUUUUACUGUUAUUCCAUAAAUUCCUACCUCGUUUUAAAAAAUUCUGUCACUUUUUUUUUGAAUAAUGUAAUGAAAAAGAGAUUUGAAGUUUAUGUCCAGGCCGAAACCAUUUAAUUUUAUAAGUUGUGAGUAAAUCAAUUGAACGAUUUGGAGUUGUCAGUCUGUUUAAUCUAACAAAAUAAGCAAAAAAACAACAAAUAUCAUUUAUGUUGAAAUCUGCUUUACAGAAUUUUUAUUCAUAUUAUCAUCUCAGAAAUUCUUUAAAAUAAAAUAAUGUAUCCAUAGCAGUAGCAAAAAUAUUCCUCUGUCAAAAAAAACAAAAAAGACAUGAAAGUGACAAUUUUAUAAAUGAUAUAUUUUUAAUUCUAAUUUACACUGUUUAGGUCUAUGGAAAUAUGUCAAGAGCUGGACUUGAGAUCAGGAAUUAUCUUUCACCAGAAAAUAGUUGGAAAUCCUCACAUUAGUGAAGCUGAUCAAGCAUUGUAUGUUGCUAAUUUUGUAAAAAAAAAUUCUAGACCUUAACUGAAUUUACUAGCAAACAUUGCUGUUUAUUUUAGAAAUACAAUUACUAUAACCGGAAAUGAAUAAGGGAUAUUGUAACACAUCUACUCUGACAUGGCGUGGGAUCUUAUUUCUUAUGCUGUGGGUUAUGUCAGUAGUAUGGUUACUUAUGUUCAGGAUGCCGACUAAGACUUAUUCAUUCUUCCACUUGCUAUCCAGGCACGCAAAGAAGAAUACUGAAUCCUGGUUAAACUUACAGUACUUUAUUGAACACACUUUAUACUGAUAAUAUUAAUAAAUAAUCCUUGCAUGAAUGUAAUUUCACAUAUAUAUCUAUAGUAUUCCAUCAUUAAGAAAGACACGUCCUCACACUUCUACAACUCAGCUCAACUGCCUAAUCACACAGCUCUCACGCUACUGUUCUCUACUGCUCUGCGCUCAGCUCUGACUCUCUCAGUCAACUCAUACUUUAUUACCAGCAAUGCGUGCAAAACAACCACUCUGACAAAAACAUAAUUUUACUCUCCAAAAACGUGGAGCUCACAUUUGCAUCUCAAAAAUACAAUCCAUUAAUUGUCUCUCCUCAUGGAUAAACAUGGUGAACACAAAUCACUGUUCAUUCAUGCUACCUCUCUGUUUUCAUGUGAAAACAUAGUCCGUUACAGAUAUGAAUUUGUGAAAUUUUGUAAUGUAUUAAAAAUAUUAUGAUUGAGAUUUUGAGUAAAAAUAAAUCAGUUGGGCCCACAUUUAAAAAAUUUAUGUUGGGAUAAUUGUAUUUUAGAAAACCAUAAACAGUAAGAAUAAUGUUUACUUUUGGUAUAAAAUAUACCUAAACCCAGGAUAUUAAAGUUUGAUCAAUACCUUUGACAGAUCAAGAAAUCAGAUUGCCAGAUGGAAAGAUAUCCAGCUCCAGGUUGCCAAGGAAGAACAGAGACUGAAGGAGGCCAAAGAGGCCAUGGUCAAGCAAACUAACAGUAGGCCAAAAGCACAGCAAUCAAGAUUGUCUCCAAAAAUUCCAGAAACUGUUAAAGUGAGGCCAGAGAUUUUUCGUGAUAAUAGAGGGUUUUUGCCAGUUAGAUCUUAUCAUUUUUUUAAUUCUCCCAUUCUGCAAUACAUCAUUUUUAUACAAUAUUUAUUAGGAUUUACAUAUUGAAAAUAAGUUUUCAUAUUAAAUUUUAUCAUAUGUUUUUGAAAGAAAAUACUUAAAUAAUGAUCAUAGUAUACAGACCAUUAACAAUUAUUUUUUACAAGUUGAAAAAGUGUCAAACUACAACUUUGCAAGUUUUUAAUUGUAGGCCAGUGAACCUAGUAUUGGUACUCACUUAGGAAAAGUGCUAGGAGCUGUCUCACUUAGAGAUGUAUGGACAGAUACAGCUGAUGUGCUUAUCAGACAGGCAAGUGACAUGAACUUAAUCCAUAUCUACUGCCUUAAAAAAAACAAAGGCUGCUGGCUUGAUUGCUUGUGUUUGACAUUUUAUGCCAGAUUAGGAAUCUUAUACAUUUAUUUAUCUGCUAACUCUAAGAUUGAAAAAUGUACUCAUGUUAGAUUUUUUGGUGAUUUUCAUCAUAUUCCCAUUAAAAGUAUUUUUACAUGAUGUCAUAGUCUUUGUCAUAUCAACAUAAUCAAACUUUUCCUGGCUCUUCAUCCCUGGUUUUUGCUUUAAAAAAUAAUUUUAUCUAACAAAAAUUAAGGAAAAAGAAAAAUCAUGGUGAUUUUUUAAAUUGAAAAAAAAAAAAGUAGAAAUAUAAAAAAUAUAUCCUCAUCCACAGGGAAACUAUCAAAGGGCAAGAGAAUAUUUAAAUGAAGCAAACAUAGCUGCUGAAGUAAGUACAAUGUGUUGCAAAUAAAUAUUGGAGAUAAUUCUCCUCUAAUACAGACAUUUUAUAAUUCUUUGUUACUGCAUGUAUUGGUCAUAUAGAUAAGUAGAUGAUCUUAAUAAGGAGCAAUGUGUAAAAAAAAACAACAACCUAAUUUUUUAAAAAAACAACCUAAUUUUAAAAAAAAAAAAACUAAUUUAAAAAAACCAACCUAAUUUUUAAAAAACCCAACUAUUUUUAUAAAAAACAACAACCUAAUUUCACUCACGGUCAGUUUUACCUAGCGGUUUGCUAUUUAUAUUGCUAAAAAACGUAAACUGUAGAAUUUGUGUUUCUAUUAAUUGAUAUGCCAAAUCCAAAUAAGCUUACAUAGCUGCAAGAAAUAUGACUUUCAAUGCAGAUUCAAAAGAAAAUGUUCAAGCUGAAUUAUAAUUUUUGCACAAUUUUCUCAGACUGCAUCAUAUCUUUAAAUAAAAAAUUGAAAUAUGAAACUUAAAUAUUGUUUUUAAUUUUAAGUUGUAAAAAAAUUAGUACACAUAAUUUUAUGUACUGUUUAAGUAUAGAUAAAUAAAAUAACAAAAAUAUUCUCCAUUGUAUAGGCAUUUACAGACCAGCCUCUCAAAGCCAAGAUAUUACUGUUGCUUGCCAAAUUGGCUUAUCGUGAAGCGCAAUAUGGGAGAGCCAUCAUGCUGUGCACCCAGGCUCAGGUACAGCUAUAGUUCUUAGAGAGAUUAACCCAGUAAUUAAAUGUAAACAUUGUUAUAAAAUUUAGAUCUGAAUUUCUUGCCAUUUCAUAUACUAUAGCUGAAUAAGAAAAAUAAUUAUUAAGAAAUAAGUUACUAGUUGGGUUUUUAAAACAGCAUACAUCAUUAGUUAAAACUUGAUCAUUAUCUUAAUUAAAAAUAACUUGAAGUAUUUUUGUAAGUAUUCAAUACAGGUAAUAAUAUCUUAUCUGUUUAGGAGCUAAAGGAAGGAGAGGAAGAAUUCUGGUAUGACAGUCUCACACUUUUGGUUAAAGCAACUCUGAAAGAGAAAUGGGAUAAUUCCAAUGCUCACAAAGUAACACAUUAACAUUAACUGCUUUACAGUUAAAUUAUCAUAACUAAAUAAUAUUUUAAUUCAUUUAACUUUCCCUAUUGUCUAAAUUAAUAAAAAAAUACAUAUAUCUUUAUGAAAGCUUCACUAACACUUCACUAUUACUGUUUUCAAUAAGUUUUAAAGGGUUAAUCUUUAUUUAUUAAAAUAGCUUUAAUUUUUUUUUACCACUUCCAUGAAGCUCAUUGUGAUGAAAAUUUGUGUUCUCAACCUAUUUUCCAAAAAGGCAAAGAAAAUACUUGCUCAAGCCAUCAGAGAAUUCAAUAGAUUUGGUGAUUCAUUUGUGAACAGAAGCAAGAAAAUUAAAUACUACUGCACGAAACUUGAAACAAGGUAUUUAUAUUUCUAGACUCAUAGUGCUUGAAAAAAAAUGAAAUGAUAUCUUAUUUUCCAAAAAAAAAACCAACCAAACAAAAAAAAACAACAAAUUUACAAAUAGCAAAUUAAUUUUAAAAUAUGAACCCAAAUUCUGUUAUUUCUUCUUGUUUAUGAAAUUACAUAUUUUAUGGGGUUUUUUUUUCUUCAGGCUGAUACACAUUUAUUUUGAUCAUUUGAAGCACAAAUUCCAAAAAAACAAAACCGCCCAGUUUUUGGAGUUGGUCCUUGCUUGCUGUGAGGUGAGCUUCAUUAUGAAAAUUUAUUCUUCUCCCCACCCGUCUUCAACUGGAUUAGUAGAUUACAAACAGGUUCUUUUAAAAAUUAUGUGUAAGACAUUUUUAUUUCAAAUUGAGAAUUCAGACCACAGGUGGCCCGGCAAUUUUGUAGACCAUCAGAUGCGAGAUGUAUCACACAUUUAUUUAAAUGGUUUGCGCUUCUUUUCAUUCCUGUUAAAGCCACACAUCUUUGAUGAAUUAUAAUUUUAUCUUCAAAACAUAUUUUUACAACCAAUACAAUUUAUUUAUGAGUUUGUGUGGCACAUGUAAAUGUGUUAUCUUUUAGAAUUAUAUUCAAUAAGAUUUUAUCAAUAAUUCUGUACACUGGUAUCUGUUAUUUUAUUUUAUUAAUUCAAUGCCAUACGGCCCUGGAAGAGUUGACUCAUAAUCAAAAUGACACAUGAGGCCUUUUGGCUACCCCUGAUUUAGACACAAAUGAAAUAAUAAAUAUUGCUAAAGCUGACUGUUCAUAUUUAUUCAACAAAAAAAGUAUAUAUAGAUAGGAAGAUUAAAAAAUAUAUGAACUCCUUUAGCUGUACCAACUCUUAAAAUCUUCAUUAAUACCAAUUAUAUAAUAUAUAUAUUUUUUUUGCCUUGCUCUAAGCUUCUUUUGAUACCCUUAUCUUCUCACCUUUUGGUUUUAACCCUGUACCCAUAAACAUCUUUAGCGAUAUGAAUCGCUCAGUGAGAACAUGAUAUCACUGGGCUACUGGCGCAGUGCAAGAAAAUUAAGUCAAGAACGUGCCCAAUUCUUAAGGUAUCUGUCUGAGGAAUCAGAUGACUCAGAGCUUGUUAAGAUUUACUACAUGCAGGUAAGUUUAUUUUCUAACGUUUAAAAUAUUACCAACAGAGGAAAUAUUGUGAGGUUCUUGCACCCUGUUAAACUUUACACCUACAAUGCAAUUUUUAUCACAUAAAUUCUUAGAGUGAUACACAAAUGGAUCAGAGACAUGCUGAGGUCUUUUCACUGAUAUUUGUUUGCUUCUGAGUGUAGUAUACUAAUUAUUGUAUUGCUUACCAGCUGUCCAAUACCUAUUGCUUAUGGGCAGUGGCGUAGCUAGGGUUGGUGUCACCCGGUGCGGUAAACUCAUGGUGUCACACCCCACCUCCCUCCCCCUCUCCGCCCACCCCCCAAACUUCUAUGAUCGAUUUUUUCUUGUUAAAAUAAGUCCACAGUAUAGCAUUACCUUGAACUUUUAAUAAAGCACGCAUUUGGAUUGGUUAAAUUUGUGAAAAAUAUAUGUGUGAUCGGUUAUUCUUUUAUGAAUCUCGAUUUUUGCGAGCAAUGUGUGCCCUGUAAAUAUGCAAUUUUUCAAUCGGGUGUCACCCUUAAAAUGGUGUCACCCGGUGCGGUCCGCACCCCCCGCACCUGCCUCGCACUACUUAUGGGUAAAAACCAAAAAAAUCUUAAGCAUAUAAUGAAUUGAAAUUUAAAAAGAAAAUUAAGCCAACUUUACUAUUCCAUACAUCCAGAUUGUCAGUGUAUUAAAGGAAGCAUCAUCUUUAGCAGAGAAAAUAUUCAUGGAUGUCCACAGCCUCAUUCCUAUGGCUCAGGUAAAUAAUUUGACUGUGUAGUUUACUAAUGUGGGAUACAAUUUUUUUUAUCUUAAACAAGUUUAAAAAACUUACAAUUACAAUUAGAUAUUAACCGUCAAAAUGACCGAAAUAGAUUAUAGUUCUUUCAAUAAAGAAAUUCUUUUGAUUUAUAUUUUUAUAAUUUGAAAAAGAUGUGUUUUACACACAAAAAAUUGUUAGGAAUGAAAUCCUAACUAAAAACUAACAACUUGAGGUAAAAAAAUAAUGUUGAUUUAACAAGGAGUCAAACUUUCUUUCAAAUAUGUGACAGGAUUUGGUCAGAAACGUUGUGAAGGGAAACCAGUGCUUAUUUUACUACAGUGUUAGAAAUCACACACUUUACAUGUUUUAUUUUCCCUUUAGUUAAAAAAUAUGAACACCCCAGUUCAACGGGAGCUGGCCGACGUGAAGCUGGAGAUGGCUGGUAUCCUGACAGACAUAUUGACCUUGCAUCACAAAGAGCUGAGACACAAACAGUUGCAGGAGGAGAAAAAGCCGCCCAUUAUUUUGUUGAUAGAGGAGUUUGUCAAGGAGGCACCGGUUCAUGACAGCCAGGAAAAGGAAUGGCUGGACUUUUGCAGGUGAGUACUCUUCAGUAGUUUAUAACUGCAGUCUAGUCAGUGAUGGUCAGCCUUAAUAAGCGCAGUACUUUUGGGAUUGUCAACAUUUUGAAGUACAGUGUCUAUCCUCGCUUUUGUUAUCUUCUGUGCUGUAUGAUAUAAUUUUGUGACAUAAUUAUUUCAUUCGACGAACCAUGGUGAGUAAGAUAUUUAAUACCCCUUAUGGUUCCAACUCUCCUUUUCCUUUCACCCAUUUACAGUUUUUAAAAAAAUAGUUAUCAGACUAUAAUAUAUUAGCGGGAAAUAAGCAUAAUGGGUAUUUGAUUCUUAUUUUUUUUUAACCAGCUUUUCCUAAAUAAUAAAUCUCAAGUUACUUGGUUGGUUUUUAAAAUGAUGUCAUCAUUUGUUAAUUAAUUCUUAUUCCAAUAAAUUAUCUUGUUUUAUGCUGAACUGACUUCAAAUUUGAACCAAGUUAAAUUUGACCAGUAACUAUACUUUAACCAGUGACAGACUGUGAAGUUUGAUCAUGUGAUCUGCAUGUCUGCUCAAUAUAAAUUAAAUAAUUCUGUAGCAAAAACACAUCUGCAAAACAAAGUGACCACAGAUUGCAUUAUAAUUGUCAUUCAUCUACUUUUAGAAGUUACCAUUUUUUUAUGCCAGCUUAACUCGAUCCCACCAGACAGGAGAUGCAAGUAGUUAUUGUAUAUAUAUAUAGGCCUAUGCUGUAUGUUUAUUUUUUUGCUAUUAAGAUACUGUAUUGUAUGAUUUUGAAAUGAUAUUGUACAAUUUUAGGAGUCUGAAGUCUGGUAUUGACAAUUUUGUUAAAUGAAAAACAAAAGAGUAGACUCUCACAUAAAAAUAAAGCUGUGCACAAACUUUAAAUUGUCAGAUUUGAUUGUCCGCAAAAUUUUAUUCAUGCAUAAGUUUUCUUCUUUAACUACAGCUUUCUCUCAGCUUUCUCUUUACACCACUAAUGGAUGAUUUUUUUUUUUUUCUGUUUAGAAUUGCUGGAGAUGAUGCAGUGUCUGUCCUGCUGAGUGCACAGAGCCUAUGUAACACUAUACCAUGGUUGAAGGCUAAGGUAACAGCAGUUAUGAAAUAAUUCUUCAAUUUGAAUGGAAAUCUUGACAUGGGUUAGAAAAAAAUCAGUCAGGUUUAUAUAUAAGUCAUGAUGAGAGAGCAAGCUUUGCAAUAAAGACUUUUUUAAAGUGAAAUUUGAAAUAAGAGCUCAACAGUUGAUGACGAAUAUAUCUAUGAUGUUGAUGUACAUGAAUUCACUUUACUCUAAAUUUGUAUGUAGGAAUGCCCUAAACUCUUCCUAUCAGAUUAAAUAAAAAAGAAACAAAACCUGAUGCUAAAUUAAUAAAUACUAACUAUAGCCAGCCAAACAAAUGAUGGCAGCCACAAUGUGUGAACUUGCCAUAUCUAAAAAAGUUACUUGACCAAAUAUGCAUUCAAGUAGCACACUUUAUUAGAUUUCAAAUUUAGUGUGCCCCCCCCCCCCUACACACACACACCAAAGCCCUCUGAUCUUUAUUAAUAUACUAAUGUUCCAUCCCCUGUUACACCCCAGAUUUAUUACAUCAAUUAUUACCAUAAAUAUAAGACAGUAUUUUUAAGAAUCUCAGUUAUCAGGGAUUUUAUUUAGUGAAAUCAGGGCCAUCUGGUUGCUUUAGUGACAUUGUUACAUAGAGAAUUAUUUUUUUUUAUGAUAUGUUUGAAUAGUUUUUGUAGCAUCUCACAAAAUGAAAAACAAAAAAUCUUUGAUGACUGUAUCUCAGUAAACCCUUUUUACACUAUUGGUUCAAAUUUAGAGUAUUAUAAUAAUUACAUAAAUAGAUAAAUAAUUUCCUAUUUUAUAUAAAUAGUUCUAAUUUUAAACAUGAUGGUUUAGAGCAGUCGACAAUUGUUACAUUCUCAAGAUGAUAUGGAAUGUUUGACCCAUAGCUAAUUUAAGUUUUAUUUCACACAGUGUCUGGUUGGUUUGGGUCGACUCCUUCUUGUUAUGGCAGAUUUGCAGGGUCCUGACCCACCAAUGCAAUGGAUGGUCAAUGAUAUUGUAAGUGUCUUUAUCCGUGGGCAGCAAAAAAUCAAUAUGAAAGCCAUUGAAAAUGUAAGGUAUACUAUUGAAACCAGGCUGCCAAAAUGCAAAAAUGCUAACACACUUUAUUAAUAAUAUUAAUAUAUCAAUGGAAAAAAUGUAUAAGUUAUAAUGUAAUCACUUAUAUUAGUGUUUCCCAACAGGGGGUAUCCCUCACAGGUGGGGCUAUUUGAAGAUUUUGGGGUGGGGGGGGAUUUGUUCUCUCAAAGAUGGGAAUAUAUUUAUGUUUAAGAGGCACUAGAGUUGGAGAGGUCACCUUCUAACUUCAUAUAUGUCCCAAAAGUGUUGGCCCUUAUUCACCUACUAUGCAUACUCCUUGUUAAAAAGUUACUCCGUGACAACAAUAUACAUCAGAAAUAACUUCCUAAUUUAAGUUUUUAAAAAGAAACGAAUCACUUUUUAAAAAUUUUUUCAUACAAAAUGAUUGAUGCGAGAAAGAAAAUAGUAUGACAGAAUUCAACUCAUUCUUGAAGGUGCACUGCUUGUUAGCCAGGCCUAUCAACACAUGACCCUAACCAGUAAUGAAAAUGUGAAAAAACAAUUUUUUUGCUGACAUAACAGAAAUUUUAUUUUACUAACUUGUUCAUGAUAAUAAUCAGGAGACCAUGCGGCAACAGCUUGCAGCAGAAGUGACAGAGGCAGCUGUGACCGUGCAGGCCAGUGCCAGCUUUGUGCAGCCUGCACCUGAUGAUGAGGAAGUGAUUGCAGUAAAUGAAAACCUGCCUCCUGAGGCAGGAAAACCAACGUCACCACCAGUGGCUGGGCUUAUCAAGGACAGGGCCAAACUUGUGGCACUGAUCAAUGACAAAAAGGUCUCUGUGUAUACUUCAAACCUUCUCUCAAACAUCUUCAUAAUUGUUUUUAAAAAAAACAAGCAUAUUUCUGUCUUGUAACUAAUGAUAAGAAAGUAGUUGGAGGGGGGAUCAAGUUUUUUUUAUCUUGUAAGUUUGUUAUUCAGUUUAUUUUUCAGCUCCUCAAACAUCACCUUUGCCGUCGUCUAUCUUUAAAAAAAAAGAAAGUAGAGAUUUCACAAUGUAUAGAUAUAAUGUUCAUCAAUCAUUGAGCUUAAAGUCGUUUGGAGCCAUUGUUUUAAUGAGCAGAUCCAAAUCAUGAUUGUUCCUCGUCAUUAACUUUUAAUUUCCUCAUCACAGAAACAACUGGACAGUUCCAAGUAUUACUAUAUGUGUGCCAGUGAGUUUUUGUAUCAUGGGCUCAAUUUCUGCCUGCAGAAUCAGCUUACUGUAAGUUCACCACAAUAACACACUAUCCAUAAUGUUCAAUGAUGUAUCUAGCCUAAGAUCAGUCUUUUGUCAUUAGGUGACAUUUUGGAACAAUACAAGCUGGGGUAAAUAAAUUAUAAAUUAAUAUAAUAUUUUUUUUUAAUGUACUAGUUUUUCAAUAAAAGUGUUGCAAGACCAGGACACAGUUUUAUUUUAGCAGGAGUCAAGUCCCCUAGGAAAAAGUGUAGGAACUCACUUAAGACAACCCACCCCUCCAAAGGAACAUGACCAAUUUUUUUACCAGACACUGUUCCCAUGUGUUUCUGCAGGGCUUGAGCCCUGGUCUUAACAUUAACUAUUGAUUUAUUUUCUAAUUGUCAGGACACUGCAGCAACUGCUUCUUUGGAACUGGUCAAGUUGUUCGGUCAGUUUGAUGCUGGUGCAGCAUCCAUGAUGUUGGCACUACAUCAGGUAAAUGGUCUAACUUUCAUAGCAAGGACAUUCAUACCAUAGAAAUUCAUAGCAAGGACAUUCAUACCAUAGACAUUCAUAGCAAGGACAUACCUAGACAUUCAUACCUUAGACAUUGAUUCCAUAAACAUUCAUAUCAAGGACAUUCAUGGCAAAGAGAUUCAUGGCAAAGACAUAGCAAGGACAUUCAUACUGUAGACAUUUAUAGCAAGUACAUUCAUACCAAAGACAUUCAUGGCAAGGACAUAGCAAGGACAUUCAUAUCCUAGACAUUCAUACUUUAGAAAUUCAUACCAUAAACAUUCAUAGCAAAGACAUUCACACCAUAGACAUUCAUGGCAAGGACAUAGCAAGGACAUUCAUACCCUAGACAUUCAUACUUUAGAUAUUCAUACCCUAGACAUUCAUACUUUAGAUAUUCACACCCUAGACAUUCAUGGCAAGGACAUACAUCGCAAGGACAUUUGUGCGUGUUUCCUGUUAAAAAUACCAGUAAUUUAAUACAUAUAUGGUUUGUUUCAUUUCUCACAGAAUUUCCUCAACUUAGUAUAAGUAAACGUUCCUUCAUUUAACUAGAAUAGUCAUAAAUAUGAAAUAAUUGGUAUUAGUUUUGAAAAGGCUGUUAAUUAGCUGAUCAUGUAAAUAGAUUAAAAAUAUAUUAAAAAGACACGAGUGCUUGAAUGACAACUAGAAUAAUUUUUGGAAUUUCUAUUCUAUUUGACUGAAGCAUUCUAACUUGUCAAAAAAUUCUAUCAAUAUCGCCAUCUCUUAGGAGCUACAAUUACCUAGCAGUGCUUCAGCAGUAUAUAGUAGAAGUUUAUGCUAUUUUUCUUGGCUCUGACAAAUAUCCUUCGCACCACACUGGUAAAUUUAUGAAAGUACAAAUAGCAACAAGUAUCUCUCUUACCACACUGGUAAAUUAAUGCAAUUACAAAUAGCAAAAGGUACGUAAGUUGAGCUUUGCCUUUCAAAUUCACAUUUUAUUUCUCAGCUUUAUUAUGCUGGUGCUCGAACAGCAUAGUCAAAUUUAUUGAUACCAUAUGCAGUUUGUAAAUGAAACCCAUUGAGGACUAGCCACAGGGUUGUUUCAUCUUAGUGUUAGCUCUCAACCUACUGUAUAGAAUAGGAGGAAUAAUGAUUAAUUCCCAUAUAUCUCUGUCCUCCAGUUUCAUAGCUUUGUUUUAAAGCUGAUGCUGAAUUUUUUUCAAUGUCUUUUUGACAUGUCUUGAUUUAAGUCUUAGGAGUUCCUCCUCUUUCCUUCUAGUGGCAUCUAGUUAUAGCGGUUCUAUGAAGCUUAUCCUGCCAUAUGUGAUUGUUAUAUCUAGGCUCCAUGUUCCACUCAUAUUUAGGACUUUUUCAUUAUCAAUGUGAUCACAGUAGCCAAUCUUAUCUGUUGAAGGCAUCUUUGAAUUUUUUAAAGGGUCUCUAGGAUCCAAAUUUUACCAUUUUGAAAAACUUGUUUUAAAAGAUAUAGACUCUGAAACAUGAUUCAAAUUGGAAUGCACAAUUAACUUUUUAUUUUCAGAGCUGUCGGGCAUCAAUGACACUGGAGAAGUUACUGUUCAAAUCUCAGCCUGACCCAAGCACCUCCAAACUGGCAGCCAUGCUGCACCAGAAACAACAAAUUUUAAAGCAUGACCUCACAACCAACAUGAGCAGCAGCUCACUGUACAAAGAACUGAAGAUGAGUCUACUCACAGACUGGCAGGUCAGAGUCAGCUUUAUCAUUGCAAACUUUCAUGAAGUACAUAGUAGGAAAAUAUUAUCCUCGUAUGAUAUUUCGAUAUAGAUUAGCAUUCUCUUUAAAGAAGACCUCACUUACUGUCCAAGAUACAAUUAAGCCCCAAGCUUACUAUGCCUAAAACCCAUUUUUUUUUUUUAAAUUUGCUUUUUCCCUAUGAUAGAGAUUAAAGAUUAUUAUUUAUUUUUGGUAAUCCUACUUAUGCACUAAUAUAAUUAUUUUUACUGAAAUUAUUCAACAACUUAAGUUGCCAUCUAUGCAAAGAACAUAUUCUUUUCUGACUCUUCCAUCACCUCAAUUUAUUAGGCUGGCAAGAAGCUUGAAGUGUCCACUGGUCAUGUGGAUCUUCUGAAAGAUUUCCCAUCUAACUUCAAUCUCAUUGUGCUCCAGCAUUCUCCAGACAAGUAAGUCAGCAAGAGAAGAAAAAUCUGCAAAGCUAGAACUAGAAACCAACCGAAUAUGAUUUUCUGAUUCUGGUCAAAACCAAUAGUUAAAAUGGCUUUCUGCCAAAACAGAAUACAAAACCAGAAGCUUAAUGAGACUUUUGACCAAAACUGAAAUAUUUAGAUAUAUUCAAACCGUUAAGCGCAUACGUUCUGUCUACAUGCAAAAAUGAUGGGGAAGUAUCGAUGUUUACAUUAUUUUAAUAAAAAAUGAGAUUAUCAUGAAUUUUAAUAGAUGAAUAUUUUGGCUUUUAUAAUUUGAAUUAAAAAUUAAUUUAAAGUUGUUAAAAAUCUAUUUAAAAAAAACUGUGGUAAGAGAAAAUUUUGAUUGGGGGGGGGGGGGGAAAAUCAAUGGAAAAAAAAACCUUUGGGGCCCUUUUCUUUUUAUAGACCCUUUGGUGCCCUUUGCUUUUAUGAUAUAAUUAAAACACUACCUAGACAUAUUUGGCAUCAAUCGAAAGCUUAGCUUAUGCAUUUUUUUCAUUAGUAUGGCCCACUAAAAUGUCCAGACAUAAGCCUUGAAAGAACUCUUAGUUCUGCUAAACCAUGCAUUGUCUUUGAAACAUGUGUGCUUAUUGUUCGAUAUUUUAAUUUUCCAUUUAUCCGAUAUUAUCAUUGGCCGGCUAAUUUUAGAUUUGAACCAGAUUAAACAAAAGCUGAAAGAUUUUUUAGCUAUGUUUAGUAUGAUAAUACAGUAGGCCUACUACAUAGUUAUUAAAGAAACAUUGAUACAUGCACAUGUCUUUGUAGGCUCAUGAUUUAAAUUAAAAGUUUCAUUAUUCUCUUUCUUUACAUAUGUGUUCAUACAUGUGACUAGUUUUGUGGAAUAUUUUUAUCUCUUAAAUAACAAUGAUUGUCAGCAUGCUAAUUAUAAAUUUCAAUAAAUUAUUGCAUCCAAUAAGCCCAAGGUUCUCUACUUUUUAUUAAAAAAUAAAAAUUGAAAACAAGAAUAAUAAUGUAAUUGUUGCCAUUCUUUGAGAUUUUUUUUUCACAAUGCUAUUCACCUUUGCCAAUGACAUUUAUGAGCAUGAUAAUGAUAAAUCAAAAUGAAUGAAAUGAAUUAACCUAGGGUUCCCAAAUUUUAUUUUUUCUAAAAAUUAAAACAAAAAUAAUAAUAAAAAUAUUACCAUUCCCUUAGAUUUUUUUUUCCAUAAGAGUAUUUACCUUUGCCUAAGCCUAAUUGAAUUUUAUUUGAGGAAAUAUUGAACAAGUAGAUCAUUAUGCAGUUUUUUGCAGAGGAUUAUUCGUAUAUCAUACAUAGACAUCAAGCACUAAUAUCGGAUUGCUGGCUGACAGAGUGACAGUCUGACUGAUAAAAUGUCAACUUUUGAUGCCCAAACCGAAAUUCCAUCAGCCUCUAGUUAGAACACUCAAAAAACCCAAUUAGAUUAGUGUUUUUUUAGUUACAAAAAAUAGAUACUUUGGAGACUGAAAAGUACAGUGGCAUCAUGCUUUUCCUUACGUAUAUUACAUUUCUGUUCAUAGGGAUCUGUUUACACGUUAGUGGAAUCGAUGGCUAAAUGUUGUGCUAUUCAUGAUUUUUAUAAAUUUAACAUUCUCACUGAUACAUUUAACAAGCUUUUGCACUCAAUUUACGAUCAGGAAAUUUCUGUAUGGUGCAAUUAUGGACAAACCAAAAGGUGCACAAGGUCCUGUCAAAACUAAGGAUAAAAGUAAGUUCCUGACCAUAUUUUGUCUUAUUUAAUGUACCAAUUGAGAUGAAAUAUUUAGUUGGAUAAAAAGUGGGUAACUGCGAUCAAGCUGGCAAAAACGUUUAUGUAUAGCUAAAAGAAAGUUAAAAAUUGAGCUGAGACAUAAAAAUCCAUUCUAACAAGACAGUUAAAAAGCUUUCAUCAAUGACGAAAAAGUAAAAGUUAAAAUAGAUAAAUAAAUUAACAGAACAAACUUUAUAAUUGAAACCACUGUCCUCAAUAAAGAUGAUAAAAUCUUGUGUUGCCUACUUAAUCAUAAUGAUAAAUUAGUGGUGGGGAAGAACCUUAUUCAUCAAAGGUCUUUUAAGGGAUGGGUGCUAAUAAGGCUUACAUGAUUUAUGGAAGCACUUAGUUAUAUAUUAGGCAAAUUCAAAGAUACACUUCCUUAACCAGAAGACUGAAGAGUAUAUCUGUUCAAAAGGAAUAAAGAAAUACAUAAUCAUUACAGAAUAAUUAUCAUCAACAAAAUAUAUUAUAUGUUGGCAAAAUUCAUUUAUGGUUAAAUCACCAGGUGUUAAUUUUGCAUUACAAAUGGUUUAAUUAGCUUACCGCUAUGAAUAGUAUGAUUUUUAUAUUUAUAAAAUUCUUUUUAUUUUAUGUCGAUCGCUAAACUUUGUUCCAUUUAGGUUUAGAAGACAGGAGAAUUUUAGAACAAGGCUAUUCCGUUCCAUUACUUGCCAUUGGUAUACCUAAGUGUUUUUUAAUUUUUAAAAAUUGUUUUGCUUGUAAUUGUUUUAAAAUCUCAACCAUUCUUAUUUCCUAAAUUUCAAUUUAAAAAAAUGUAAACUUAAAAUAAAUUGUUGCAUUAAAUUAAUUGAAAAAGGUUUGAAUGGGAAAUUAUGUUAAAAAUUUCACAGCUGAAAAAGAAAGGAUAUGUUCACAAACAAAAUGUUCCACAAUAUUUUUUGUACUUCUAAUUUUGUUUUCAAAUUUUAUUAUUUUUUUCACUAUCAAAUCACCCUAAUAUUUCUUAUGGAAAUAUUAAAUAAAGAAGUUUUUGUGCCCCAGCAUUUAAGGAAGACAAUAAAUUAAACCAAGUGAUACAAUAUUUUUGGGGAUUAUUAUGCAUUUUAUUAUGAGUUAAAGACAGUUUGUUACUACAGUAUCAAAUCCAUUUCCUGGUAAACCUGUUUCAAGUAUGGGGCAAUGUUAUUUAUAAAAAAAUCAAUUAUAUUUUCACCACUUCCCAUGAAUUUAUUCAUUGUUGGAUUAAAAGCUUUAAAUUUUUUUUACCUGUAUUUAUGUAUUUUAAAACAUCAGUUCAAUAGAUUCCUUAAUGAAAGAUUUUUAUUAGAAUAUAGCAUAUUAUAGUUGUAAACAAAAUUUUUAAAAAUAAAUUUAUGGUAUAAAAAUACCCCCACUCCCCAUAAGAUUACAGUAGAGCACGUAUCUUUGGAGAGCCUAUUGAUAACAACAAACUCCAGGAAAUACUUGCUGAGAUUGAGGCCUACAAACAACAGCAGCAAAGCAUGCUUCUUAGGAGAGAAUAUCAGAGGUCUCAGGCAGUACAGCGAGAGAAAAUGUUGGAGAAUCUCAAUGAAAAUCAGAAAACUCCAAUUAAGGUACGGGAGUUUUGGUACUAGAUCAAACAUACACAAAAAUCAAAUACUGCUUACUUAAAAUUAAAAAGAAUUGUUUGAAAAAAAAACAAGUGACUUUGCAAUACUUUGCUGAUAUAUCUCAGUUAAAUUGCAGCUGAAAUAUUUGUUAAUGGAGAGGAAUAUCAAGUAAAAAAAAGCUGUUGCCAAAAUUUGCCAAUGUUAAGGUACCACAUCACAUUUUUUAAAUUAAAAACAUUUUAAUCAGUAUAAGUUUAGAGAUUAUUUUUAGAAAAUGGUGAUUAUUUGUGUGAGUAAUAUUGCUUUAAGUAAUGAAAAGAAAUAUGUCGCACCAUGAUUCAUUAAUUGCACCUUGAUUUCCUACAUAAAUUUAGUAAAUGCUGCUAAAUCUAUUAGUUUAGUUAAGGGCAUGAUUUUCAUUACAAAACAUGCACACAAAAAAACAGAUCCAUAAAUAAUUUUACAACUGAUAUUUUUGCAUCAUUGGUUAUUUCUUUUGUAUCUUAAAUUAUUUUCUUAAUCUGAUAAUUUUCCAGGCUCCAGUGAAUUAUGAUUUUGAGGAAAGUGAGUUGGAAAACAUGUUUAAAAAAAUUAUUGCUGCAAUGAAUGCAUAUCUUCAACCUCUACUAGGACCAAUCUGUCAUUCAAUAAAGUAAGAGUUUGGUCAAAACUGUAUAGACAAAGUCACUUCAUUCAAUCAAUGCCUCUUACCUCACUUGGACAUGACACACAUUUAAUUUACAAACCUAUGAUUGCCAAAUAGUGCAGCCACCACCAUGGCAGUUGGUUAGGAAUUGUUGUUGCUUUUUUAUAGCCUAUCUUUCAAAGCCUGCUAUUUUAAGUAUGCGAUCACACUUACUCACAUUUUUUCUUUAGACGCAUGCAUUUAAUUAUUAAAAAAUUUCAAGAGCAUAAGGAAUUAAAAUAUGUUGAACUAGUGAGUAGACCUUAUUGUCCCACAGUCCCAGUCAUGUGUAUGAACCAAUAUGGCGGCCUUAUUUUGCACUCUUCUUUGGGGGAAGACUUAUGAUCCCAAUAAGGUAUAAUGCAGGACCGUUCAAAAUUACUAAUUGCAUUUUAUACAACUUAAUAUAUUAACUUGUUUUGUUUCAAUUAUGAAUUAACAAUUUUUUUAAUUUAAAAAGUUUUUUCUCUUUAUAAUCUUUAACACAAUAUUUCUUGUUAAUUUAAAAACAUUAAUUACAAUUACAUAAGAUAAGAUUUUUAAAAAUAAGUCUGCAAUGUGUAGACUAAAAUAAUGACAUUUUUUACAAAAAUAAUAUUAAAGAAAAUCCCAAAACCAGAAAAUAACAUCCAGUAAUAUUGAUUAAAAAAGACCAUAUUUUGUAAAAUAAUAAAAUAAAACCAUUUACAGUAGAGCCUGGGAGAUCUGAAAUUAAUCCAUUCCAAAGCACCAUUCCAGUUCCAAUUUGUUCAUGCUCUAAGACAAUUUUUAACUUUAAAUAAUAGAACUGGAUUAAUGCAUUCCUGGGUCCCAUAAACUCUAUGAACCACUGGCUUUUAACGCCUCCUUUUGAGCACUAGUGUCUGCUUGGAGGACUUUGGCUUUCUCACAAAUUAUUGUCUCAGAAAUCACAUCACCAGCCAGCUGUUUUUGUUAAUCAAAUAUAAGAGUUUUUUUUUCCAUCUCUUUCAUACUUUUGAAUCUCCUGUCUUGAUAACUUCUUUAUUUUUCAAAAUUGUCGAUUUAAGCAUUCCAUAAUUAUGAGCGACAUGAUGUUUCUUAACUUCCAUUGUCCUCCUUUCAGACCCAUGGCGAAGUUGUUAUCAUAUAAAAAACUAAAAAAAACAAACAGGCACAAAAACAGCAUAAAUAAGCAAUAAAAAUCACUAAAGAUGCAUUCAUUAUAGCUUCCCACAAAGGACUGAAAAGUUUAUGGGUGGCCUAAAUGCUGCAAAAAUGUACAGACACAAAAAAAAACACAUGAAGACUAUGAAGGGCAUUCUGAUUUCAAAGCAAAAUUCUGAUUUCGUACUAUAAUUCUUGGACCAAUCAGAUGUUGAGGCCCAAUUGCAUUUAGUGUUUAUUUCGUUUAUAAUUCAACUUAUAAAGAGUUUUUUUGUUGCAAUAUUUAGAUACUCUUUUUUUUUUAUCUUCUAAGAAGUCCCAAUAUCAUCAAUGCCAGUUCAAAUGAUCCAGCGAAUAAGCCCAGCAAAGAUUCGGUCCCCCAGAAUGAAUUGGUUAUCUUUUUGGUAGAUACGGAUUUGAUGCACCUUCCCUUGGAGGCUUGUGACCCUCUGAAAACAUUAGAAGGUGUUAUCUCAGUGUCAAGAGAUUUCUCCCUACAGCUACUGCGCAGAAGGUCUCAGGAUGAUAAGAAGGGUAUGAGAAAUGGAAUUAACUAUGCAACGUUUUAAAACUUGUAUCAGAAAGUAUAUGUUAAGCUUUCACGUAAAAAUCUUUGUGACUGAAAAUAUAAAAUUUAACAUUGUUUUAAGCUAGAUGAUUUAAUCUUAAGAGCUUUCUAUUAUUUUAUCAGUUCAGUAAAAUCUAAAUGGAUGGAACUUAUUUCUCCAUUUUAAAAAUCAAUUGAUAAAUUAAUAAAAGGUAUGAAUUAAAACUUUAAAAUUCUAUUAAAAAUGUGUUUAGUUCCUGAUUUAUUUCCAGCAGUUGUGGCUUAACUGGUAAGACUAGGCUACAUUUGGUUGUGCAUAGACCAACAUUUAAUCCCAUGCCAAGUUUCCUGUUGUCUUUCUAGUUCGGUGGUUUAAGAUUUAUACUUUGGGUUUACCUCCUCCACUAGAAAAGCUUCCUUUCUAUGGUAACCAGCUCAUUUCACCUGCUAAAUAACAACGGCUGGGGGCAAUCCCAGAUAAAAUUAAACCCACAACCAAAUUUUUUUUUUUUAGUUAGCAAUGAUAUGUAAUUGUAAAGUGAAUAGUAAGGGAACUGUGAUUACACACUUUUUGUAAUUAUAUACAUUUUUGUGCUCAUCGUGACAUUCUGAGGGUUUGCAAAACUAAAUACUCCUCAGCAAUGAAUAUAUGUGGUAUUUGGUUUGGUAAUUUAAUAUAUUCAUUAAAUGUAUUUGAUUAGUGGAAGAGAAAGAUGCAAAGAAAUCUGGCAAGGAUGCGUCUGAUGGAACUUCACGAAUUCCUGGCUUGAGAGAUGCUAAAAUGAAACAGGCUAAAAUUGUAAGUAUUUUUAAAUAGGUUACACAAAUUUCACAUUGAAUAUUGCUUAAGUGCAAUACCAAUAUUAACAGUGAUAAACAAUCAAAAGUUUAAGAAAAAAAAUAUUUUUAGAGUAAAGGUUGGAGAUUUAUUUAUGACUUUUAUAAAACAUUUAUUUAUAAAUUUGGCUAACUGCAGAGGUGUGUUUUCUUUUUCAAAUAGAAAGGAAUAAUGACAUCUUUUUUUUCUAUUCCUAAAUAUCUCUUAUUAUGAAAUUUGAUACUAGUGCUUGUUUACAUUUAACUUUGCAGACAUCAAAGUCCAAGUGGUAUACAAAUUAAAUAACCUUUCAAAUUGCAUCAGAGAAUCAAUUUUUUCUGACAUUCUCUAGAUGUUAAAUUUUGAAGCCUGUGAUCAUUGCACUUUUUCAUCGGUGCCAUUCUCAAGACACAUUUGUGAGAUUACAAUUUUUAUUGUUAUUUUAUCUGCAGGUUCCAUUAAACCGUCAAGUUCAACCAUGGCAAGCAGAAGUCAGCACAAACAACUUUAGAUGUAUCCUUUCAGGGAAGGAGAUGUGAAUGUGGGCUGGAUAAAUUAAGACAAUCAACUUCGUAAAUCAUAAGUUGCCAAUAUGUUAAAAAGAUGAUUAAAAAUUUUGUAUCUUUUUGUUUCAACAUCAAUGAUUGAAGUUGUUUUUAAAACCUUCCUAUGUCUGAUACACAGCUUUAUCUUGUGAGACAUUUUAACCUAUCAAAAUAUGAAGGAUCCUUGAACGUCUGUCCUAAAUUAAAACAAUUUUUGUUUAAACAAUUCAAAUCAACUUAGGGAGGAAGAUUUUCAAAAGGUUAUAUUUACUUUUUUUGUAAAAUUGAUAUAGGGUGGUUAAAUGUUUUACCAUUUAAAUGAGAAUUUUAGGAUGCAAGGAAAAAAAUUUGGUCAGACCAAUUGUUUUCUUCAUUUAAAUUUUUAAGUUGUGCUGAAAGGAAACAUAUUAGCAUAAAGACUUAUUUGAAGCAUAUAAUAGAUCUGUAUUGAAAUAUUUUCAAGGAUUUACUUUUGGGGAAUAUUUUUGAUUAUGAAUACUUCAAUAUAAUUUCUUAAGUUAUUUGGGACAAUUUUUUCUAAACUGUAAUGCAGACAUUGUUGAUCCUUACUUGGAAUGUUCAGAAGCAGAGGAGAAAAAGCCCAUAGGCGUCUUCAAUAAAAUUUUGCAGACAUAUGAGACACAGUUUACAUCCAGAUGGUUGGGUGUGCUGGGAAGUGACCACACACCAAGGUUUGAUAUCACUCUUUUGUGCUUUUUAUGGAUGAAAUACAUUUUUAUAAGUAAAUACUUUAUUAUAUCCUAUGUCAAGGGCAGACAGCCCAGUGCACAUGGAAAACCAAUAGACUAUCUUGUAAUAAAAAUAAUAAAAUAAAUAGUCACCGGCUAUUUCAACUUAAGAAUUACUACAAGACUACAUUUGAUUUUAAUUUAUUAUAUUGUGCUUUAGCAAAUUGUAACUGCUUGAUCCAAAAUAAAAUAAAAAUCCCUAAAAAUUCAGAUUUAUUGUUUAAGUUUAAAUAAGCAGAAUUAAUUCAUUCACUUUACAUUAAAAUUUUCAUUUGCCUUGAUAUAUUUAUUUUAUUUCCAGCAUUGGAGAAUGGGAAAUUUAUAUAUCUGAGAGCAGUGCCUUUAUAUUUUAUGGCAUGGAGAGAGUUCUUUCUUACAUUCCACCCCACAAGAUGGCCACCCUGAAUUCUCCAGGUAUAACCAUUUUGUUUCUUGUAUUCUUGCGUAUUAUAUUAUAUUACACUGAAAAGAUUCCAAAACUGUACAUAGUUAGUAAAAGAAUGCUGAGUGGAAAUUAUUUUAUAUUUAAUAUUAAGACUUAAGUUGACUGGCUUUUAUGAGAAAUAAACUCUUUAAUUUACAGGAUGCAAUAUACUGUUCUCUUUCGAUCUUGCUGAAACAGCAAAAAGCUUUCAGCGCCAGAGCAAACUUGAUGUUUACAAAACGUAUGUAAAAACACAAAUAUUUUGUUUCCUUGUUUGCUUUUUGGAAAUCAGUGAGACACAAACUAAUUUUGUAAAUAAAUAUAUGUUAAGCUUCAAUAAUGUUUAGCCAAAAUACAAAUUCAAAAGUUUGGCAAAUGCCUUCAUCAGUACAACAAAAGACAUUAAUAUAAUUAUAAAUUAAAUUUACAUGAUAUAUGUAGCCUAUAUCCUAACUAUACCUAAAAAACAAAGAAAAGAAUAAGAAUGGGCGCAGGUUCAUAACGAAAACAAAGAUCAGAAGAACAGAAAGAGAGUGAAUGAAUAAUAUUAUAAAACCAAACAGGAAAAUACAUUGCAGUUUGUAAAAUUGUGAAUUUGGUUUAUACAGUAUGGAGUCAAUAUAUGAAUUUUUUUUAUUUAUUUGUUUCCCACAUAAAUAAAAGUUUCUAAAUGACAUUAAAUGGUGAAUAUUUUGAGCUGUCUAAUAUCAAAGCAGAAAAAAAAUCACCAUUACUGUUAAUGAGACUUUUAUCAUAUUAUAUUAAAAGAUAAAAUAAUCAAUAUUGUUUUUUUUCAGAAAACCUAUGUAAGGUUAAAAAAAUUAAUAUUUUGGAGAGUGUUUGACCAGUUGUGUUAUUGUGUCUUUCUUUGUGUGUGCUAUUCCUAGAAUUAUUAUAGGGUCAGGAUAAACUUUUCUUUUAUGGAGGUUUUUCUUUUAUCUUUUGAGGGAAACAUUGACUUUGGUAAUAUAACAAUCUGAUUUUAUAAUAGAUAACCAAAUAUUAACUUACUAUUGAAUCUGAAAAAUAUUAACCGCUAUAAAACUUUAUUUCUAAUUUAGACCAUACUCCCUAAGUUUUGAAUCACCAGUAGAGACGGCCAUGCUGGCAAGUGUGACAGGGAUCAAAUGCAUCAUAAUGAACCAAUGGCACACAACACUGGCAGAAAAUGCCACCAAAUUAGAAAGUGCAAUGGAAUGUAAGCUAUUUUUUUAAAUUAUCUAAGAGUCAUUUAAAAUAUGGAUCUUGGGUUAACUGAAUGUACAAAACAAUAGACUUUAACAUAUCAGCCAUGUCUCUAAGACUGUAUUUUUAUAAAAAUGAUUGUCUAAUUGUUGCAUAAUAAAAUAUGAAUAUUCACCAAUAUCUGUUUAUACUGAUUUAUACUGAUUUAAAUGUUAAGUAAAAACCAUGCACCUACAGAAUAUUAAAUAGAAUUAAUCGUAAUUGGUAAUAUCUCUUCCAAUUUUUCUUGGACCCCAUAGCUGACAAUAUUUUUAAAAAAUAUGUCUAAGUUGCAAAAAGGCAGUGUCUGUAAAUCUCAUGAAGGGUUUUGUGUUCACUUGAAAUUUUAUGAAUAUACUAUUGUUUGCAGUUAGUUUCAAACUUCCUCUUCAGUUUUAGUUCGAAUUGGAUAAGAAAAAAAAAAAAAUCCUAUAAAGUUUAAAAAAAAAAUAUCUUAACGUCAUCACAAGAUGAAUAAAUUCCUUAACAGCGAUUUUGUUUAUACAAUUUAAAAAAAAAAAAUCAACCUUAUCAAUUUAGAGAGUUGCAGUGAAAUAUGUUUAUACUCAUUGAAAUGAUAUGUUUAUAAUGAUUGAAAUGAUAUGUUUCUAGUUUUGUUUUCACUUUAAAUUUUAUGAAUAUACUAUUGUUUUCAGUUAGUUUCAAACUUCCUCUUCAGUUUUAGUUCUAAUUGGAUAAAAAAAAAAAAAAAAUCCUAUAAAGUUUAAAAAAAAAAUAUCUUAACGUCAUCACAAGAUGAAUAAAUUCCUUAACAGCGAUUUUGUUUAUACAAUUUAAAAAAAAAAAAAUCAACCUUAUCAAUUUAGAGAGUUGCAGUGAAAUAUGUUUAUACUCAUUGAAAUGAUAUGUUUAUAAUGAUUGAAAUGAUAUGUUUCUACUGAAUGAAAUGAUGUUUACAGGAUAAUAAUAUGUUUACAUGAUACUGAUUGAAAUGAUAUGUUUACACGAUACACCAACGCAUCUCCUUAUUCCAAAUGAACUACUUAACAACAUUAUCCACCGUCAUUAUAAUUAAUACACCCAAGUAUAUGCUUAUUACACAAGUCUUACCUCAGCCUCUGAUCCCAACUAGCAGUUCAGGUUGUGUAUCAUAAUAAUCAUAUGUAUUCAACUUUGUUACAAAAUAAUAUCCACAGAUUUACUAAAGAAGGGAUUAACCACUGGGCAAGCUCUGUACUUACUUCAGAAUCCAGUCAAGGCAUACAUGGAUGCUAAGCAGGAUGAAGCAUUAUCAUCCAGCCCUAAAAGCGCAAGAGGUAAUUAUAGUGCAGGCUGGUCUCAGACUUUACAUUUAUAAACCUUCAUAGAGGUAAUUAUAGUGCAGGCUGGUCUCAGACUUCACAUUUAUAUACCUUUAUAGAGGUAAUUAUAGUGCAGGUUGGGCUCAAGACUUCAGAUUUAAAUAGUUUUUUCAUAAUUUAUUUUUUCAGAUGUCUUAAAUGCUCUGAAAUUUUUUUUAAGCAAUUUGUUAAUUCAGGUUUGAAUCUCUAACAGGGGCAAAAGCAGCUGUCACAAAAUCAGACACAAAAUCACCUCUACCGCAAGACGCCGGUGCAGAAGCAAGGAGAGAUUCUGUAGAUGAGAACAUUCCUGCAGUUACUCGUUCGGCUUUCAACACCGUCUGUUAUGGGAUGCCCAAUCUCAUUGUCACUCAAUGAAAUAUCAUCAUUUGCAACCUUGCAACAAUUACAGAAUCUUUAAGUAUUGGGUCCAGUGUAAAAAAGGUUGAAUGAAUUCAUUUUAAAUAUUAAGAAUAUAUUCCAAAUGAUUAAGCCAAAUUUUUCUCAACUAAAUUUGUAUCUUGCAAGGAGGAUAUUUAAAUAACUUGAAAUGGAUAUUUUACAGACUUAAAGACAAUAAAUUGAUCAUUAUAUUUAAUCCCAAGAGAUAUUAAAACAGAAUUAAGUCCAAGAAACUUGUUUCUUAUUUGCAAGCUGAUGAGUAGUAAAGAUAUUAUUUCAUUGUGGGUUAGAAAAAAUAUUGAGGGCCAUAAAAAACACACAAAAAACUAACCUCUUGCUCUUUUAAAACAAAAGAAAAUAAGACGUGAAAUAAUCAUUUUGGUUCAGGUAUUAAUGGCCAUAAAUAUGUUACAAGUAUAAGGGAGUUUUUAAAAGAAAUGUCUACGUGGAUCUAUUAUUAUCUCAUGGGCUUGAAGUAAAGUUCAAAUUGUCUAAUUAUUGCAAACAAUUUCUUAACUUCUGUGCAAAUGUUUUUUUUUUGCUUUUUUAUUGUUUUAAUAAGGGUAAAGUAUGUGCUGUGAUAUUUAUUCAUUAUUUAAAUUUUUCCUCAUAGAACUCUCUGUUGAUUAUGGAUGAAAAUGUAAUUUGCUCUCAGUUUCCUGAUACUCUCUCUACACGUAUGACCAAAUGUAGAUCAAAAUCACAGGAGUUAAGAAAGCUAUCAACAUUUAUUUGAAACAUAUGUCUACAAAAAUAUUACAUAUUGAAUGUUUAAAGGAAAAUAAAAUUUGGUAAAUACAAUUUUUGAAUUUGUUCUAUCUUAAUCAACUUUGGUUCUUGCUACAAAUAUUAAUUCAUUUACUCCCAGGCAUAAAUCUUAGUAUCAAUUUCAUUUAAUCUCAGCCUUGCUGUAAAGAUCCAGGCAUAUAAAAAAGUUUCCUAUACAUGUGUGACAAUGUGCAUUUUACAAGGAUGAAUGAGCAGUAAUUUAUAAUAUCAACUUAUUAAAAAUUGAGCAUGUUCUUAUCUGGUCUAACAAAAUUAUUAAAUGUCUUUGAGAUGUAUUUUUUUCUUUAAUAAAAGAAGUUUUCCUUGAAUACUUUAAUUAAAGAAAUAUCUUUUUAUCUCUUUACAUAUUAUGCCUUUUAAUCUACCUAAAUAUUAUGUCGAAUCUCUUUUACACAGUGUGUAGUUAUCAAGAUGUUUUGAUGUAUUUAAGUCAAUAUGUAGCCUAUGCUUUGUGAGGUAAACUGGUAUUUAUUAAAGUGCCAAAUGCUGAUUGGAAAAAUGUGGACAAAACUGUUUGACUUAACAUUGACUCAGAAGAUAAUGGUCUCAAAUUUUUUAAAAUGAUUUAUGAUAGUCAUAAAAUAUAA